GUGGCAUCAUCAGAAUUUACUGGAGGUGAACAGAUAUCACGACAAAUUCAAACAUUCCAGAAAAAGGGUGCUACACUCUACCAAGCUGGUAUGUCAUAGAAGACAUUCUUUUACAAUGUAUAUAGCUCGUUGUAAGACAAGCGCCAAAAGGGAUGGUUAAGUGCAAACAUUAUACAGUAACAGUAGACAUUAUACAGUAACAGUUGUAGCAAUCCAGGAUGGUACUCUCUUAGUACUUAAAGGACAAACUCGUUUUCCUGGCACUAUAGUGUUAAUAGGUCCCCCCCACCCUUUUACAGCUGCAGGGUUAACAGCUGCAGGGUUAACCCUAGAUGGAGCUGGCACCCAGACCACUUCAUUAAGCUGAAGUGGUCUGGGUACCUAUACUGUCUUAGUAGGUUUAUAAAAAAGUUUUAGAGAGGUAGAGAUGAAGAUAAGAAAAGGAGAAGGAGAAAGAGGGAUGGAAUAAGGGAUGGGCAAAUAAGAGGGAGGGUGAGGGAAUGGGAUUAUCAUCUGGGUAUGUUUGACCAUGUUAAAAAAAUAUUGUUUUUUUUGUGGAUCCGCUGAACUACCAGCUCCACCUAAGUGGUCCAGGAAAUGCAUCCCCACAUCAGGCUUGCUGCGAGAACUCCUGUGCAAAAGAGGACACAUAAGGUAACCAUGGCAUCCAAAUAUUUCUGAGUUCUAUCGUACAGAGCUGCAGUUUGUUCCUCCAUGGCCCUUAUUUUCUCCACCCAUCUCUGAAAUGUCAAUGCAUUACGUGGCCUCCAUAGUGUUGGGAUUAGUAACAAAGCAGCAGUGUGUAGGUGUCUAACUAAGGAGCAUUUAAACUGGGCAACUGAAGUCACAGUGUAAGUCAGGAGCAUUGACAGCAGUGCGAACUCUACUGUCUCGUCUGUGAUUCCUGUUAUUGUGGUAUGUAUGUGCUUCCAGUAGGGUUGUAAAGUCUCACAUCUCCACCAUACAUGCAACAUUGUGCCUUUAUCCCUGUCGCAACGCCAACUAUGGUGUGUCCUAUCUGGAGCAAUCGCAUUUAUACGGUCAGGUGUCAGGUACCAUCUUGUGAGGAUUUUAUAAUUAGUUUCCUGCAGUCUCGAACUAGGGGAGCACUGAUGGGUCAACAUCAUGAUUUUAGUCCACUGAGAUACAGUGGGAGCCCUGGUUCCCACAAGAAGGAAUGUCAAAAUGUAGGCAAAAGCAUCUAUGCCGUAAUUGUAGCUGAGUUAGAAGAUAUAUCCAAAUCUGCUAAUAUUCUAGAAUUCUACUAUGUAAUUGAUCCUGGUCAGAACUACGUAAUAAGCAUUGCCCAACCUUGUGAGGCUUUUGGUAACAAAAUGAAGAUCCAACCACAUACACCAAACAAAGCAGCUGUUCAGUCAUUCUGUUUAUUUUAAGGAUAUUACUGUAACUUAAUACAAAUUCCAGAUUAUUUCUUCCAUUCUGUUUAUUUAUUUAUGUAAUCUUACUUUGGAAACGUAUUAAUGCAUCUAUUUCUUCUCCUGUAUAUGUUUGCUGUAAAAAUAAAUCUGCAAUCAAGGCAGCAUUAGGGAGGAAUUGCUAUUAAUACACAUAUGACUCUCCUAUCUCCAGUGGCCGUGGCUGUAUUCUCACUGUGUAGUAAUAUGAUGAAGGUUUGCAUAUUCUUCACGCGCUAUCAAAUAUAAAACUAUGCCUACUAAUAAUUCAUUGUGCAGUAAUCCUUUCAUGAUAAAAAUAUUAUAUCGGAUCAACAACAAUGCCUCGUUUAGAACAGCUAUUUUUACUAUGUUAUGGGCAACUGGGUAAAGCCUUCAGUGUGGGAAUAAAAACUUGGAAAGGUCUGCAUUGUUUUCCUGAUGUUACUGAUAAGACUACUAUGUAAAAUGCUUUAUUAAAAAUAUUGGGGUUUACUUAUUCAACAAUUGGUUGAAAUUUAUUUAAUUCACUGCUAAUUCACUAUUAAUCCAAUUCUGUUCACUAAAGUCUGUUGUUUAGUGAAUAAAUCAGAAAGUGGAAAAGUGAAAUGUUAAAAGUGUAGGAAUUAAUUGAUUGAUUAACUGGAUCAUGGAAAUUAUUAUUGCUUAUGUGCAGUCUAGAAUGUCCACUUUGCUCAGUGAAUCACCGUAUGAGUUGCAUAACUACAUUCUAAUUGGAACUCUGAUAGGAUCCAGUCUUUGAUUAAAAGCAUAUUAGAUUAGCUCUAGAUGAAAAUGAAGAUAGAUCAUAAAAGAAAUGCACGUUGACAAAUUAUUCCCAAGACACUCUGAGCACAAAAACAACUUCAUCUUAAUGUAGUGGUUUUGGAGCAUAGAUACUGUCAGGUCUUUUUAGAAAACAUAAAAUAUAGCUGUUUCAGAGAAACAGCACAGUUUACAUCUGUCUUAAGCAACACCUCUAUUGACUGUCAGACUUACAGCCAAUAGAGACUCUAACAAAUGAAUACCUUCAAAAAAGUCUUCAUGUUUGGCACCAUAGACCUGAAUGUUGCGGAAGCUUCUCAAAUGAAAGCAUUUUAUUGGCAGAACACGAUCCUAUCUUCCCAAUGUUUAUACAAAUAUAUUUAAUUUUGAAAAAAAAAUUUGUAUAAUUCUUUAUUUUUGGUUUGCCGUCAUAAAUUUUUCAGUUGUGACAGUAGAGUAUAUACAAUUGUUAUACAUCAUAUAUUUUACACGUGGUUUUUAACAUUAGACUUUAGUUAAUAUGACUAUUGAUGCUGUAUGAGGUCUCUGUUUCCCUUCAUGGCCAAUGUGUAUUCUGUCGACAAAGGUUUAUUUAAUAAACAAAGUAAGAAUAUUAACAUUAACAUAUAGAAUUCGGCUCAUAGAAACAUAGAAACAUAGAAUGUGACGGCAGAUAAGAACCAUUCGGCCCAUCUAGUCUGCCCAAUUUUCUAAAUACUUUCAUUAGUCCCUAGCCUUAUCUUAUAGUUAGGAUAGCCUUAUGCCUAUCCCACGCAUGCUUAAACUCCUUUACUGUGUUAACCUCUACCACUUCAGCUGGAAGGCUAUUCCAUGCAUCCACUACCCUCUCAGUAAAGUAAUACUUCCUGAUAUUAUUUUUAAACCUUUGUCCCUCUAAUUUAAGACUAUGUCCUCUUGUUGUGGUAGUUUUUCUUCUUUUAAAUAUAGUCUCCUCCUUUACUGUGUUGAUUCCCUUUAUAUAUUUAAAUGUUUCUAUCAUAUCCUCCCUGUCUCGUCUUUCCUCCAAGCUAUACAUGUUAAGAUCCUUUAACCUUUCCUGGUAAGUUUUAUCCCGCAAUCCAUGAACCAGUUUAGUAGCCCUUCUCUGAACCCUCUCUAAGGUAUCAAUAUCCUUCUGAAGAUACGGUCUCCAGUACUGUGUACAAUACUCCAAGUGAGGUCUCACCAGUGUUCUGUACAAUGGCAUGAGCACUUCCCUCUUUCUACUGCUAAUACCUCUCCCUAUACAACCAAGCAUUCUGCUAGCAUUUUCUGCUGCUCUAUUACAUUGUCUGCCUACCUUUAAGUCAUCAGAAAUAAUCACCCCUAAAUCCCUUUCCUCAUAUGUUGAGGUUAGGACUCUAUCAAAUAUUCUGUACUCUGCCCUUGGGUUUUUACGUCCAAGAUGCAUUAUCUUGCACUUAUCCACAUUAAAUGUCAGUUGCCACAAUUCUGACCAUUUUUCUAGUUUACCUAAAUCAUUUGUCAUUUGGCUUAUCCCUCCUGGAACAUCAACCCUGUUACAUAUCUUAGUAUCAUCAGCAAAAAGACAUACCUUACCAUCAAGACCUUCUGCAAUAUCACUAAUAAAAAUAUUAAGAGAAUGGGUCCAAGUACAGAUCCCUGAGGUACCCCACUGGUGACAAGUCCAAGCUUCGAAUAUAUUCCAUUAACUACAACCCUCUGUUGCCUGUCACUCAGCCACUGCCUUACCCAUUCAACAAUAUUUGAAUCCAAACUUAAAGAUUGCAGUUUAUUGAUAAGCCUUCUAUGUGCAACAGUGUCAAAAGCCUUACUGAAAUCUAGGUAAGCAAUGUCUACUGCACCACCCUGAUCUAUAAUUUUAGUUACCCAAUCAAAAAAAUCAAUAAGAUUAGUUUGGCAUGAUCUCCCUGAAGUAAACCCAUGUUGUCUCUGAUCUUGAAAUCCAUGUGUUUUUAGAUGUUCAACAAUCCUAUCCUUUAACAUGGUUUCCAUCACUUUCCCCACUACUGAAGUAAGGCUUACUGGCCUAUAGUUGCCCGACUCCUCCCUAUUACCUUUCUUGUAAAUGGGCACAACAUUCGCUAACUUCCAAUCUUCUGGGACUACUCCUGUUAACAAUGAUUGGUUAAAUAAAUCUGUUAAUGGUUUUGCUAGUACACCACUAAGCUCUUUUAAUAGCUUUGGGUGUAUUCCAUCAGGUCCCAUUGACUUAUUUGUCUUUACUUUUGACAGUUGAAAUAGAACCUCUUCCUCUGUAAACUCACGUGUAAUAAAUGACUCAUUUAUCCUUUUUCUUAACUGAGGUCCCUUUCCUUCAUUUUCAUCUGUAAAUACAGAACAAAAAUAUUCAUUGAGGCAGUCAGCUAGACCUUUAUCCUCUUCUACAUACCUUCCUUCUUUUGUUUUAAUCUAACUAAUCCUUGUUUUACUUUUCUUUUCUCAUUUAUGUAUCUAAAAAAUGUUUUGUCCCCCUUUUUUACUGACUGUGCUAUUUUCUCUUCUGUGUGUGAUUUGGAAGCUCUUAUAACUUGCUUAGCCUCUUUCUGCCUAAUCUUAUAGAUCAUUUUGUCUCCCUCACUCUGGUUUUUUUUAUAAUUCCUAAAUGCUAACUUUUUGUUUUUAAUUAUUUUGGCCACAUCUGCGGAGUACCACAGUGGUUUCUUGAAUUUUUUGCUUUUACUGACAAGCCUAAUGCAAUUUUCUGUUGCCUUCAAUAGUGCAACUUUUAAAUAAUCCCAUUUUCUUGGACUCCAUUUAAAUUGCUCCAGUCUGAUAAUGACUCCUUUACACAUAUUAUAAUUUUAGAAAAGUCUGUUUUUCUAAAGUCUAAAAGUUUUGUUUUUGUGUGGUGUGACUCAGUCACUGUUCUUAUAUUAAACCACACUGACUGAUGAUCACUGGAUCCUAAACUUUCACCUACAGUAACAUCUGAUACCAAAUCUCCAUUUGUUAACACUAAAUCUAGUAUGGCCUCUUUACGAGUUGGCUCCUCAACAAUUGUUUUAGAGACAAUCCCAGUAGCGAGUUUAGAAUAUGUGUGCUCCUGGCACAAGUAGCUAAUUUUGUUUUCCAAUUUACAUCAGGAAGAUUAAAGUCACCCAUGAUGAUAACUUCCCCCUUCAUUGUCAUUUUAGCUAUUUCCUCAACUAGUAGAUUAUCUAACUCUUUAAUUUGUCCUGGGGGCCUAUAAAUCACACCUACACAAGUUACUGUGUGAUUACCAAAUUCUAACGUAGCCCAAACAGACUCUAUGUUUGCCUCACUAACUUUUAUUAGGCUAGAUUUUAUGCUAUCCUUCACAUACAAGGCCACCCCUCCCCUUUCUUGCCUUCCCUAUCUUUCCUAUAUAAAGAGUACCCUGGUAUUGCUAUGUCCCAGUCAUUUUUCUCAUUGUACCAUGUCUCAGUAACAGCGACUAAAUCUACACUAUCAGUUGCCAUAAUUGCCACAAGUUCAUGGAUCUUAUUCCCUAAACUGCGAGCAUUUGUAGAGAUGACUCUAAGCUUAUCAUUUUUAACACACUUGCUACAGGCACCUUCUGUCCUUGUUUUGGGGGGCAAUUGGAUUGAUGUUUUAUCACCCUUUUGCCCCCCCUCCUAGUUUAAAUACAUCCUAGCAAAACCUCUGAACUGCUCACUGAGAACAUUUGUUCCCUUUUGAAAAAGAUGCAAACCAUCUUUUUUGUACAGCUUAUCUCCAUUCCAAACAGAGCUACCAUGAGAAAUAAAGCCAAAUCCUUGCUCCCGAAACCAUUCACCAAGCCACAAAUUAAAGUCCCUAAUACGCAUCCGCCUGUCGUUCUGAGUGUUAUGCAUAGGCAGAACACUAAAAACUUCCUUAACCUCUGAAACCUCAUUGCAAGCCAAGUCAUUUGUCCCUAGAUGGACAAGUACAUCCAAUUCCCCUUCCUGCUUUGUUUGCUUAACAAUAUUACAGAUACGUCUCCUGUCUCUGUGAGCAGUAGCUCCGGGAAGACACCUCACAAGACCACCAUUGUCCAUCUCCACACCUCUUACAAUGGAAUCACCCAACAACAACUGCUUUCUAUUAGGCCUCACCAUAGUCUCCAAGCCGGUCUCCACAACACCACUAGUCUCAGUGCCUCUCUCCACAACACCACUAGCCUCAGUGCCUCUCUCCACAACACCACUAGCCUCAGUGCCUCUCUCUACAACACCACUAGCCUCAGUGCCUCUCUCUACAACACCACUAGCCUCAGUGCCUCUCUCUACAACACCACUAGUCUUAUUGCCUCUCUCCACAACACCACUAGCCUCAGUGCCUCUCUCCACAACACCACUAGCCUCAGUGCCUCUCUCCACAACACCACUAGCCUCAGUGCCUCUCUCCACAACACCAUUACACUCUGAAAGUGCAGAAAAUGAAUUAUGAAGAGCAACAGACUGUGCAAAAUACCUUUUAUCCACAACUCUAAGUCUACCACAUCCUACAGUAAUCCAUCUGCCUUUCCUAGCAUGUCUCUGCGGCAGUGGCUUUGCAGCAGUUCCAGUCUGAGUUUCUUCACCAGAUAAUUUACAAAUCUCAGACUUCAAAAAUACAAUCUCCUGCCGCAAGAUAGAGAACUGUCUACAGAUUAGACAACAACCAAACCUCCAAAAAGUAGAACGUGAAACAAAUGCAUAGCAAUUGUUACACUGAACUAAAUCUGCCAUUCCAAUUAAGAGAAUAAUUUAAAUCUAACAAAUCUUAACUUUUUUCUUUAUCCUCCUGAAUACCUCAGAUUACCUCCAGGUUAUCUCCAGAAUAUCUCCAACUACACACUUAGAAACAGCACUUAGAAGUAGCACCAAGCUAUAUUAGACAAGCUAAUGGAACCAGGCAAACUGUCUACAGAUUAGACAACAACCAAACCUCCAAAAAGUGGAACGUGAAACAAAUGCUCAAAUACAUAGUACUUUAAUAAUUAGUGUCACAGAUUCUCCAGAGGAAGAUGAAGAGAGAGAAACAAACAGCAAAGAAGAAGGAGGUUAGAUGUUGUUUGAGUGCUUUUACUGUUGGUCUAUGUACACACCCCAUGGAACGCCCACGGAUGCUGAAUCAGGGGUUGGCUCAAAUAUAUUUAAUUUUUAACAUUAAAAUGUUUCUUUAAAAUGUUGCAUUGUCGAUGAAGGACUGUUGUUCCUCGGCUGAUUAAGCUGCAAUGAUGACAAUCAUCUGCCCAGUGCCUAUAUUUCUUUCCCACUCAUCCAUCUCAAUCUGAUGGAACUAGUGAGCGUCUUCUUUGGGACUCUGUGCGGAAAAUAUACUGUAUACACUUUAUUAUCUGAUUGCUGUUCAGUUGCUCUAAUCUGUACAUGUUACAAGUAAAUUAAGCUUUUUCUUUUUUGGGUUUUUGUUAGCUGUGUUAUAGCUUUUCCCUGUUAAUUUUAAUACUUUGUAUUUAUUACAUGGUUUUUAUUAUAACAAGACUUCAAUGGCCAUUUGGUAUUUCCAUUAGUCACAUUCUUGUACUGGUGUUUUUUUAUUACACAAUGAUAUACUUACUAAACUCAGUUGAGAUAUGAAAUAUGCAACUCCAUGGUGAAUUCCAGAUAAUUCACGGUUUAGUUAAUAGUCAUGGUAGUGUUACAAUCACAAAACAUUUGGUUUGCCUGAAGUAUUUUUUUACUUUUACGUACAUGUAUGUUUUAUAGGUAUUUAUUUACUCCCAUGGGUUAUCUUUCAUUCAUCUUUCAUUCAUUUUCUUUAAAACUAGCUCCUACGUACUACUACAAUGAUGGCAUUGGUGUAUAGUGAUACAUGUAUAGAUUUAAAUGUACAAUACAAAGUAAAAAAACACAACUAUUGUUCUUCCAUGUGAGGAUAUACUCGUGCAUUUAUAAAUGCAUAUCAAAUCAAAUCAAACUAAGAAACAUGGGCCUCAUUUUCCAGUUCACUUCUGUACAUCAGAUGUGGUUUGCCUUUCUUCAUAUUGACCUUAGCUAGCUUUCUAGAAGGACAUUGGAAGGUCUAGAGCAGGGGUAUUAAAAUGCUAGAACUCCAGUUGAGUGCUGACUCUAACUCUUACACAUCUUUGCCCGAGAAAAAUAACUAUAAUGCUGUUAUAGAGCAAACAUGACAUUUGAGACUGUGUUUAUUCCAAUAUGGUCACUGGUCUUUUGUCUAAGCAUCAUGGGAAAUGUCGUCCACAGCAAAUGAGCCCUCAGUGGUAGAGAUACAUUGUUCCAUGCUCUGGUAUUUAGCUCACAUGGAGCACAAGAAAUUCUUCCACUGUGGAAACAUGAAUGAACUGUCAGAUAUGCCCAGACAGAGUUAAAGGUGAACUGUAAUGACUAAGUACGAGGAAGGAUGUAUAUGUAUUUAUGUACUUAUUUAUUUAUUUUCCAAAUAUACAUUUUAUAUGUAUUAAUUUUAAAACACAAAAGCAUUUUACAAAUGUAUCAGUACGGAACAAGUAAUAAACAGACUUUUAUUCCCAUCCAUACAAGUACUAAGAUAAAAAUAUUAAAAAUAAAAAUAUUUAUUUAUUUAUAAAAUAUUUUGCCAGGAAGGAUACAUUGAGAUUUCACUAGUUUUCCAAGUAUGUCCUGGGUCCACAAAACAUUGCAUGGAUACAAUAGGGUACAAUAAAAUACAAAAACAAUAUUAAUACACAAUAUAUACAAAAUUUACUAUAGAACAGGUAGGAAAUAUAUAAUCAACCAUGACACGUGCAUUCUGGUAUGUAGAGAGGGAUCUCUUAAAGGACUUUAGGCUUGGGGAAGAUUUGAAAGUGUGCGGUAGAUCGUUCCAUAAUUGCGGUGCUCUGUAGGAAAAGGAGGAUCGGGCUGCUUUCUAGACAUGUGCAAUUCGUUCCGGGCCGAAUAUGAAUUCUGACGAAUUUCUGGAAAUUCUGACAUUCGGGUACUUUUGGAAAGUUAGAGAGUCACAUAUAAGGCUUGCAUUUCAUUUUUUUGACAUUGAAAUUUGCCAGAUAGGUUAUGUUGCCUUUGAGAGCGUAUGGUAGCCCAGGAAUGAGAAUUAACCCCAUGAUGGCAUACCAUUUGCAAAAGUAGACAACCAAAGGUAUUGCAAGUGGGGUAUGUCCAGUCUUUAUUAGUAGCCACUUAGUCACAAACACUGGCCAAAUAUUAGGUUUUUGCUUUUUUCACACAAAAACAAAUAUGAACGCUACCUUUGGCCAGUGUUUGUGACUAAGUGGCUACUAAAAAAGACUAAACAUACCCCACUCUCAAUACCUUGGGUUGUCUACUUUUUCAAAUGGUAUGCCAUUAUGGGGGUAAUUCUCAUUCCUGGGCUACCACACCGUCUCAAAGGUAACAUUACUAAUCUGGCAAAUUUCAAUGUGAAAAUGGAACGUUUUAUAUUUGACCCUGUAACUUUCCAAAACACCAUAAAACCUGUUAAUGGGCGGUACUGUUGUACUCGUGAGACAUCGCUGAUUACAAAUAUGUGCAUUUUUUUGCAGUAAAGCCUAACAGUAUUAUGACAUUCACAGCUAAAAUGUCAGACGGAACUACAAAUUUAAAAUUUUCUUACAUUUUAUUAAAUUUUAUUCAUAAUACAUUAUGUUCCAUAUAUGAAUAGUUAAUGAUAAAUUAAAGCCCUGUUUCCCCUGAACAAAAUGAUAUAUAAUAAGUGUGUGCAUUUAAUAUGAAAGAGGUGAAUUACGGUUGAACAGACAUAUAGCGCAAAUUCCAGUUUUUGUUUACAUUUUGUUUUGAUCAGAACGUGUACUAUUGACUCCCUCCUGAAGGGGUUAAUGGGAUUCAUUAUAUUGUCAUGUGCACAUGUAUAUAUUUAAAACUUCCCUUUUGAAUUAGCAUGUUUUAAAUGCUGACUGUCAUUAAAGCAUCACUAUGACCACGCAAUUACUGACAAAAAUUUUAUGAACUAAUGCAAUCUGAAAUAAAAUGCAUCUGGAUAUCUUCACAGAUACCUGCAUGGCUCAGUGUACAGUGCUGCAUGGGAUAGGUAGUGACACCGCAGGUUAUUUUAGAGUCCUGGAAUGUACAUUUAUAUACAGAUGUACAGAGAUUACACAGGGAUUAUGUUUACAUUCUGCAUGGAAAUGCCAAUAGUAUUCUUAUAAAUCCCAUAGACAGGGUUGUUUAACCAUUGUAUUUAUAGUUUAGUGACACAGCUACACUACAUUACAAGAUGAAUACUGGUCCCUUCACGAGGGUUUAUGUGUACGUCUACGCUCAAGAUUCUAUGGACAAUGUUACAUCCAUCACUGCAUACAGUGAUACAUUGUUUAUUGUUUUUGAAGGGUUGGAGACUGAAGGAGAGUCUUAUAGGGUGAGUAAGUGAGUUUUAUAGAAUCAGUACAGCAAGGGCUGGCCUGUCAAUAGGAUGGAUUGGGGCCAUGGCCCCAUGCAGCAAUUUAACAGGAGUGGCAUUUUGCCACCCUGGCCAUUUGGGGCCCAGGCCACCUCUGCUGCAUAUAUAUGACCAGUGACAGAGGAACCGACACCAGGAGGGUACCCGGCGGCUUGCCCUGUGUGCCGCCGGCUGUGAGGCCCCUCCAUCAGUCUGCCCUGGAGUAAAGAGAGCCUCCGGUCUGCAGCUCCCCCAGAUGUGAGCUGAAGAACAUAUGAUGGUGGUCCCACAAGCACCCAGAGCAGCAACGCUCUGACUGGAACUCGUAAGAAGCCGAUCAAGUGGUCUGAGGCUCACACCUGGUGUAAAAUGCAACAUUGGUGUCAACAUGGACAAUUAAUUGCCACACAAGAAGACAGGUACCGCCGAAACAAUCUCAAGCUCAGGGAAGUCACUGACUCCAUACCAGAGGCGGAAUUACCACACUUCGUCAGGCGUUUCCUCACAGAACUACUGACCCCAAAGGUGGCAAAAGCGAUUACCCUGGAGGACUUAUUCCGCAUUCCAUGACCAGCAAACACUCAGCCUGCCACCACAGGGGACUUAAUAUUGAAGUUCCAGUCAGCCAGAGACAAGAAGAUGGUCAUGGAGGCCACCAAAGGUCAGUCAUUUUACCCCUUUGAGGGGAUGACCCUCUCUCUCUAUGCAGACUUGUUGGCCAGGACACUGGCGUGAAGGAGAUCCCUGAGCUCAUUUACAGCCCUCCUGCGCCUCCAGCAAAUCCACUACCAUUGGGGCACGAGCCGCACUCUCACCAUCGACAAAGGUGAUGCCAAGCACACUGUUCAUAACCCCCAGGAGGCCGCAGAGAUAAUGGGGCUACUGAACCUGCCCUCAGACCCAACGGCUCAAGCGACGCACCCGGCAGGACACACACGCCCGCUAGGAAGACACACCGUAGGUGCCCCGGAGUUCGUGCCCAGGAGGUCGCCUGCAGACUCAUAUGCAAAAACCACCAAAUGAACUUGAACCCAGCAGAGAGCCCUCCUAGGCCCUCUAGGAGACAGAACCUCACCACAGCACAAACUUUAUUAUUGAACCUGGCCCAACAACCCCAUACUAGGAACUGUUCCAGGCUAAGAGAGAACAGUCUGCAAUAUAGAUGGUCUGAGAAAGCAGUUAAUUACAGACGGACUUCUGCCGGUUACAAGUAUUCGGGGAAUGGGGUGGUGGGGGAUAUCAGGUUUAUAAUGUUCUUUCGAGAAGGUCUGAUAAGAGGAGGUUAUCUUGACCUACAUGUCUCCUCCUCUGUGAGUACACUAGCACGGUUCCACCGUUAUAAAUAACGACCCCCACGCACGGUGGAGCUAUAUUCAGGUGCCCACAAUUUACUCUGGGUAGAUACUUAACCUGGCUUUGUUAUUAGUUAUCUGUUAUUCUUGUUCAUAACACCAAGCACUGCUCCUCUCCUAUCGAGAAAAGUGUUAAAAUGCGCUAUACAACCGUAACACCACACAGGGGACUCACGGCCCCUUAUUGUCAUACAAGCGACUCCACACUAACCGUUUACUUUAAGUUAUCCCGGUCAACCUUUAAUCUCCCACCCACAGAGACAGUUAGAAAGAGGGACAGACACCGACUAAUGGGGGGCCUCGGUGGGUUUACUCUAUUGGCAGCUACCGGCCCUGCACCUGAGGGCCCGAUGCACCCGAACAACCUGUUACUCAGUCCUAAGGCCCUGCACCCCACUGAAACCCCAGACAGACUCAAGUUUAUGGUGUCUCACUACAGUUGCUACAGAGCUCAAGCAGGAAGUAACUCAAGCAAUCAAGAUGCUUUCUUAACCUCCAAUCACAGUGCCAAACGUACCAUAUAGUUUACGUACUGUACUUUUUUAACUGCAAAGAUUUGUGGGAAUUGUAGUUUUAUCCACUUUCAUGUAUAGCAAUAUUUUUGAAGCAAAAAGGGUUGCAUUGCGGGUUUUGAGUGAAGGGCAUCAUGGAUAGUGCUAUACAGCAAAACAUUUUUUUAAAUACAAAAAAAAAAUCAAACCCAAAACAAGAGAGUGAAGCCUGACUCUCAUGCCGAAAAGUCCCUGCUCAUCUCUAUAUUUUGACUGUUUAUUGCUUAUGUUCACAAUUUCUAUGACUUCAGCAGAUAAUUAUCUGAAACUAGCCUCAACUGAGCUCUACUUUGGCUAUUUUUAUAGACAGGAUCUGUGAGUUCCAGACUUUUGAUUGUGAGGCUUGGUGGUCUCAAUAAAAGGGAGAGGCAGCCAAUCUCCUGGUCUGUGGUUUACUCCCCCCAACUUUGGACCUGCAGGUGUUAUCUUGGUCCACCCUGAGUAGGCUUCGAUGCGGCAUCUAAGACUUUCUGACUUGGUGGGUGAGACAGCUAUACAAUCCUUCAUGGCAGUUACCAUGUGCUCCUCGGAUUCCCGAGGCAUGUGUUUCCAUACUCUGGCCAAGCUGGACAAUAUAUUUGAGGAUUUUUGGCUGAAGAUAUCCCAUCAUCAUCCAUUGACCUUGGAGCUUGGUGCAGUGUGUUCCAUGUCCAUUACCUAGCCUUGCAACUGGCUCUCAAUAUGAAGAGGAGACCACUGCAGCCAGCUCUCUACUAUUCUCAUUAUGCUUCCCUUCAAGUUGGGAACUCCACAAAUCCAGCACAUCUUAACUAAGAGAGUGUCAGUCCUCAACUUCAUGCCCAUUAACAUCUCAGAUGAACAUGGUUUAUGGCCUCCUGUAGGUAUCACUACAGUAAUUGGGCCUACCGCAACAUCUUGUUUUGUUGGACUACCUGUAUACCUCUGAGCCUAAUCUGUGUGACUGUGUUCUGCCCUCUGAAGUUGUCAGUUGCCAUUGGUUUUAAGUUAUGGACUAUCUCUGCAUGUUUCAAGCGUGUUAAAAUGAGGAAUGGGAUGUCCUUUGCCUAUAUCUGUUAUUCUAUGUUUGAGCUAUGCCUAUGUUACCAUGGGCACCUACUUUCCGUAUACUUACAUCAGCAUUGUUCAGCAUAGUUACUCAACUGUUUUCAUCUCUGAAAAAAUGUCUCACAUCCCAAAUCUUCCUUAUCUCUAUAUAUUGUGCUUGCUGUGUGAACGUUUCCUUGACAUUUGUUUUCUUUCAUUGUGAUGUGAGAAUAUAAAAAUAAAAUAUAGCAGAAAGACACCCAAAAUAACUAACUGUAAUGUGAUCCACACAUUGCACCAAACAUGUGGGUGUCCGGAGAGCCCCUUUAAGUACCUAAAAUAUGUUCAUCAAAAUAACUUUUUAAACAAUAUAACAUUCUAAACAAUAUAUUAAAACUAUCAGGAGAUCAUGUUAUCUAAAUCUUCUUUGUGAUGACUCACUCAUUCCUUCCAUAACGAAAGUGGGUCUCAUAUACCAUUUAAAAACUGGGAAAGUGUGAAAUUGUAAAAUGAUAGUUCCUGUGCAUCCUUUUUAUGCAUGAUGUCUUGCAAGCAUUUCCAGCAGUUGGCAGCAGUUACAUACUGUGACAAAGUCUACUGCUUACAAGUAAGCCUGUACAUCCGUACAGGAUUUCCACAGUGUACUGAUACAGUAUUAGUAAUCUGCGUAUGUGAUAUUUCCAUAUACAUGCUCUUUCAGUUGUUUAUUUUAAAACCAGCUGGCCACUUGUCCAUCCUGUCCCCGUUAUCCAGAUACCCCACUGUGCAUGCGCUACCUUAUUUAAUAUUUUAAAAUGAAACAUAAGGUUUACCCAGAGUUAUAAAUUUCCAGAGGUACAUGUCCACCUUUCGUGAGAUCUAUCUGUGAUACGAAUAUUUCCUGCUUAGACUUGUAGUGUAAUGGGGCACACAAUCUUUUCGCCAUACAUACGCACCGUUGUAUAUACACGGUAAGAAGAUCUCAGUGAAUCCUAGCUCAGCCUUUUCCCAUCUAGCAUACACAUCAUUCUGUGCCUGACAUACAUCAAGCUAAGCAUUUCACUGAAACGUUAAUAACUCUGCAAUGGAAUAUGAUUCUUAAAAUAAAUACAUGGAUAACAAAAUAAAUACACAAAUAAAAUAACUGAAUUGUGCCCAACCAAUGUAGAAUUUUUUCAACAUGCCCCUUAAAUGUAACCAUCGGCUUUAAACAAACACUUCUACCUUUUUUCCAAAUCUCCGUUAUUCUCUUUGAGAUUGUAAGCCUCGUGACCAACUCAUGGAAAAUGUUGUUUUUAAUAAGGUGUUAUUGUGAUGAAAUAGCAAAUAAGAGCACAAUGAGCACAUGAAUCAGAGAGUGGUAAAUCUUUAAAAGGUCUAGCAAUAUACCACUAAACCAACAGGCAUUCGAGUGAGCUACAUAUUCAAAUAUAAAAUGUGCAGUGUGAGGACAUGUUCCCUGACACAAGAAUCUAGUGCUGAAAGCAUAAGAUAUGUAGUGUUAGCAUAUUUUCCCUGGUUCAAAGAUUAGUGCUGGAGAUGAUACCAUUAAUUACAUACAGAGUGCUACGAAAACAAAAACAGAACACGGGAACAAUUUGUGCAUCCAUCCUGAAACCAAAUGCAGAAUUGGAAACAGUAAAUUAAAAAGUGUAGCAUACUGGGAAAUAGUACGAAUAUUGGAAGUACAUAUGUUCCAACUGCAUGCAUGUUAGCACAGUUUGUGAGCCAAAGAACUACAGAAAAUCUAUGAUACUAAUAUAUAUAGAUGAGUUUGCCCCUUUAUUUUCUCCUGAUACAGACUUAGGGAUUUGGAUAGGCUGCCACGAAGCAGCAGUUAGUUUUGCUUUUUCUCUUAGGAUAGUUAGUUUUUUUUAGGGUGACUCAAGGGGGGAGGGGGUUCUAUCUUUCCUCUCUUUAUGGGGUAUUAGUUCCUUUUCUCUUUAGUAUAAGCUACUCGAUAUUAGUUUGGGCGCGCCCCAUUAGUUGCUAUUAACCCUGCCCUUUCCAGAUUCUCUCAGACACUGCUCUAAGACUAUCCUUUUUCUAUCCAAUUACCCAGCUGGGUCCUUUCCUAGAAUGGAUUUAGACUAACCUGCUUUGUUACCCAUUUAUUAUUUUAGGUGUUUUUUUUUACACCUUUAUUAAGUCAAACAUACCUUGCAGGAUUAGCCUCUCCCAGGCUUUUAUAAGUUUGGUGGUUAACUUCUAAUCAAUACACUAUUUUAGUGUAUGGUAAUAGCAUUUGGACUAUAUACCAUUUUAGCAUUUUUUUCUAAUAAAGGUUGUUUAUCCUCUUCUAUGUGACUAUUUACAUUAUGAGGUACUUUGAAUGAGGCUAGGCAUUCCACCCACUUUUUUGUGAGUGGACUGUCUGCCCCAUUUUUCGUCUCUUUUUUUCCUAAUAUAUAUAUAUACUAAUAGUCACAAGAUAAAUAAAAAAGUUAAAUAGAUAGCCUAUGCGAUAUAUCGUAGAGUCGUGUCACAACACCCUCCUGAGGCAAGGUGUGCUAGACCUAGGGGGAGGAGGGGUUACAAAACUCACCAUGACUGCAGGUUGACAAUCGAAACUGCAGUUAAAAGAGACUAUGCAUUAUAUUGACCCUAAAUACAGCGGAAAGAGAUAAGUAACCAACUGGGAGACGCCACAGUUCGACAGGAGGGCCUGCAGCAACAAGGUGAACUGUUCUGUUUGCUAUUCUGAACUAAAAUAUGUUUAUUUUAUAACAGUGUAUGUCCGAUUACACAUUAAAGAGACACUACUUGCUGAAGGACUUUAUAGGUGAAGAAUAUGAUUUCUAUUUUCAUUUUACAAAAAAUACAGAUUUCAAUGGAAAUUCGCACAUUUAUGAAUUAAACUUGUUACACCCCACCCCCUGGCUUUCAGACAACCAGUCCUGUUACUUUCUGGUUGUUUAGCUCAGUGGAGCUAAAAUCAAGAGGCAGACAAUUACCAAGAGUACCUGCUUUGCAAAGACUUCCCUAUGAGCUACAAUGGAAAGUCUGUGAUUGGACAGAUACAGAAGUCUGGGCGGGUUUAGUAGGGGAGGGCUUGCAAAGGCCACAGUCAAGUGAUGUAUGUGUGUUUUUAUUAAGGACGUAUUUACAAAAAGAAAUUGCGCUCCCCAGGGCCAGAUUAAGAGCCCAGUGGGCCUGGUGCUGACAAUUAUGACGGGCCUAAUUACAGAAUCAUAUCGACCAAAAACAGUAAAAUACUCCCAAGCAUCAUGUAUCUGAUGGAUAUGGUGCUGGAGAGAAAGAAAACAGCAGCUAUAAGAAAACACAUACCCUAUGCUAAUCUCUCACUAAUUUAUGUUUUCAUCUUUCAAGUAAAUCCAUAACCCGUAACAGCAGUGUCCAGUCAAGCAGGAAGUCAAUGGGCAUGGUAAAAGGGUGUGCCCCUGACACAAAUCACGUAACCUGCCAAAAGGGGCGAACAUUCCCAAAAAGAGGACAUGUCUGCUCAAAGAAUUAGAAGGCCAGCCUGGCAUGAAUGCAUGUCAGGCUGCCUGCCAAUCAUGCAGCUGGCCAACUAAGGGCAUACUAUGCAGACAGCACCCUGAGCCUGGCAUAAAUGCAUCUACUGAUGCGCUCACUCAAUGCUUACUAAGGACUGUCCCCUAGCACUCGCUGGCCACUUGUCUCCUUACCUUCUUACUAGCAGGCAGAAGCUCCUGGUACAUGGUCUGGGACAGAGAAAAGCUGUAUGUAGUGAGUGUAGAAGAAAGGGAACAUGCCACAGUGUUAGAGAAACCAAAGUCAGCAUUACCUUAAAGGAUCACUAUAGGGUCAGGAACACAAACAUGAAUUCAUGACCCUAUAGUGUUAACACCACCAUCUAGCCCCCCUGGGCCCCUCAUGCCUCCAUAAAUAUAGCAAAAUCUUACUAUAUUCAAGCCUGAAGCUGUAACUCUGCAUGCUGUUAGACUCAUAAAAACAAGCAGUCUGCUGACAUCAUUAGAAGUGGUGGCCUGAUCCAAUCACAGUGCUUCCCCAUAGGAUUGGCUGAGACUGACAAAGAGGCAGAUCAGGGUCAGAGCCAGCAUGAUUCAAACACAGCCCUGGCCAAUCAGCAUCUCCUUGUAUAGAUGAAUUUAAUUAAUGAAUCUCUAUGAGGAAAGUUCAGUGUCUGCAUGCAGAGGGAGGAGACACUGAAUGUUUGGAUGCAUUUUAGGCAGCCGUGACCCAGGAAGGAUCUCUAACAGUCAUCUAAGGAGUGGCCAGUGAAGUUAUCACUAGGAUGUAAUGUAAACACAGCAUUUUCUCUGAAAAGACCGUUCUUACAGCAAAAAGCCUGAUGGUAAUGAUUCUACUCACCAGAACAAAUUCAAUAAGCUGUAGUUGUUCUGGUGACUAUAGUGUCCCUUUAACUAUAUUCAUUGUCAGCCAGUCCACACACGUUUUGUUCCUAUACAUCCCUCUUAAGUUUCCAUAGUUAAGUAAGAGUAUGUGAAAAGUAGUUAGGGUUGCCACCUUUCUUGGAAAAACAUACCGGCCUUACUAAUUUGCAUAAUUACAUAUGUGUGGGUGACAUCACAUGAUGUAAAUCACAAGGAGUGACAUAAGAGAAAAUGCUGUAAAAUCACCAAAAAACUACUUAGUUUAAAUCUGCUGUAUAGAUGGAUUCCUCCCAGUGCCCUCAUGACUCAGUGCCCCAUGUGUCGAUUACUCCAGGUCUCAGUGUUCCUAUGUAUCAGUGUCUCAGUGCCCAAUGUCUCCCAGUGUCCCCUAGUGUCGUGUCCCCAGGUCUCCCAGUGAUCCUAUGGAUCAGUGUCUCAAUGCCCCAUAUCUCCCUGUGUCCCCAUGUAUCCCAGGGUCCCCAUGUCACUAGGACACUAGGAAGACGGGGAGACCUGGGAACACGGGGAGACCUAGGGACACGGAGACACCAGUGACACUGGGAGACUAGGGGACUAUGGCUGUGGCACAUGGGGACAAUGGGAAAAUAUAAACAAAGCUCCAGGGCCUGACGGUAUCCAUCCACGUGUACUUAAGGAACUAAGUGCAGAAAUAAGUGAACCUCUGUUUUUAAUCUUUCAAGAUUCUUUUCUUUCAGGAAGUGUUCCAGAGGAUUGGAGGAAGGCAGAUGUGGUUCCUAUAUUCAAAAAGGGUUCAAAAUCCUUGCCUGGAAAUUAUAGACCUGUGAGCUUAACUUCUGUGGCUGGUAAAAUAUUUGAAAGGUUAUUAAGGGAUAAUAUUCAAGAAUUCCUUGAGAAGAACAUGGUUAUCAGCAAAAAUCAGCAUGGUUUUAUGAAGCACAGGUCAUGUCAAACUAACUUGAUUGCGUUCUACGAAGAAGUAAGUAGAAGUAUAGAUCAGGGUGUUGCCGUGGAUGUGAUCUAUUUGGAUUUUGCCAAGGCAUUUGAUACAGUUCCACACAAUAGAUUAGUGUUCAAACUCAAGGAAAUCGGUCUAGAUGAAAAUGCUUGUUCUUGGGUAGAACAUUGGCUUAAAAACAGAGUACAAAGAGUUGUCAUUAAUGGUAAAUUUUCAAGCUGGACAGAGGUGGCAAGUGGUGUCCCUCAGGGGUCUGUUCUGGGACCCCUUCUAUUUAACAUGUUUAUAAAUGAUCUUGAAGACCGCAUUGAAAGUCAUGUUUCAGUGUUUGCAGAUGACACCAAACUUUGUAAAACAAUACAAUGUGAGCAAGAUAUUACUUUGCUGCAGAGGGACUUGGAUAGACUGGGGGACUGGGCACUCAAAUGGCAGAUGAAAUUUAAUGUUGAAAAAUGCAAAGUUAUGCACUUCGGCGUAAAGAAUACACAAGCAACGUAUACCCUUAAUGGAAGCGAAUUAGGGAUAACAACACAUGAAAAGGACUUGGGAAUUGUUAUAGACAACAAACUAUGCAACAAUGUGCAAUGUCAAUCAGCAGUGGCCAAGGCCAGUAAGGUAUUGUCAUGCAUGAAAAAGGGCAUUCAUUCUCGGGACAAGAAUAUAAUUUUGCCUCUUUAUAAAUCACUGGUAAGACCCCAUAUUGAAUAUGCUGUGCAAUUUUGGGCACCUGUUCUAAAGAAGGAUAUUAUGGCACUAGAAAAAGUGCAGAGGCGGGCUACAAAAUUAAUAAAAGGAAUGGAACAUAUCGGCUAUGAAGAAAGGUUAACAAAUUUAAACCUAUUUAGUUUAGAAAAACGUCGCCUGAGAGGGGAUAUGAUAACAUUAUACAAAUAUAUUCGUGGCCAAUACAAACCAUUGUGUGGAAAUCUAUUCACAAACCGGACUUUACAUAGGACACGAGGCCAUGAGUUUAGACUGGAAGAAAGAAGAUUUCGUCUAAGGCAAAGGAAAGGUUUUUUUACUGUAAGAACAAUCAGAAUGUGGAAUUCUCUGCCUGAGGAAGUGGUUUUAUCAGAGUCCAUACAGAUGUUCAAACGGCUACUAGAUGCAUACUUGCAAGAACAGAAUAUUCAAGGAUAUAAUCUUUCAAUGUAGGGUAAUAACUGCUUGAUCCAAGGAUAAAUCUGACUGCCAUUCUGGGGUCAAGAAGGAAUUUUUUUCCUAGUUUGUUGCAAAAUUGUGCUUCAAACUGGGUUUUUUUGCCUUCUUUUGGAUCAACAGCAAAAAACAAAUGUGAGGUAGGCUGAACUUGAUGGACGCAAGUCUCUUUUCAGCUAUAAAAACAGAUGAGUGAGCGCUAAAUAACACAAGUGGGCAGCAACCCUAAAAAGGGAAUCCCUCAAAAACCCUUUAGGAUAAGACACAAAAAAUACAGAAAAAGGGCUGCGCUUAAGAAAUAGAUGAAUAAAAGUCCAGAUAAAAUAAAUAAGUGAAUAAAUAAAUAAAAUAAAACAGAAGAGGUCUUAUCUUGCAAUGUUCGUAAUACUUAGUCAGAGGUGAUAAUCUUGCUUUCUUGCUUUCUGUCUUGCUUUCUGUCUUUCUUGUGGAUUGUCUCUUAUGUAAGAUAUAAAAACAAAUACAAAACCACAAUGGUGCAGUAUAUCUAUAUGUGUAAAGAAUAAAAUAUAAAGGCUUGAUUGCGAACUCACAUAUCCAAGAGCUAGGACCUGCUCUGGUAUAGAAGGCGUACAGCGGUUUAAAUCCCCGCUUAUGGGAUAUAGGAUGGUUAUCCUCCACGUGUUUCCUCCUUCCGUGGUGUGAAAGAUGCUCAAAUAAAAAGAGACAGCCAAUAGUGUUCUCUGCGUAAAAUUAAAAUCCAAUAUAAAACAAAAUAAAAAAUGGAUACUCACAAGACAGGAGCAGAUCAACUGCUCCUGGUAUUUCGCACUGGUGGAACUGGUGGGGAUUAUUCCACCAGUGCGAAAUACCAGGAGCAGUUGACCUGCUCCUGUCUUGUGAGUAUCCAUUUUUUAUUUUAUUUUAUAUUGGAUUUUAAAUUUUACGCAGAGAACACUAUUGGCUGUCUCUUUUUAUUUGAGCAUCUUUUACACCACGGAAGGAGGAAAUACGUGGAGGAAAACCAUCCUAUAUCCCAUAAGCGGGGAUUUAAACGCUGUCGCCUUCUAUACCAAGGCAGGUCUAGCUCUUGGAUUAUGUGAGUUAAACCUUUAUAUUUUUAUUCUUUACAUAUGAGUAUACUGCACCAUUGUGGUUUGUAUUUGUUUUUUAUAUCUUACAUAAGAGACAAUCCACCACAAGAAAGACAGAAAGCAAGACAGAAAGCAAGAAAGCAAGAUUAUCACCUCUGACUAAGUAUUACGAACAUUGCAAGAUAAGACCUCUUCUGUUUUAUUUUAUUUAUUUAUUCACUUAUUUAUUUUAUCUGGACUUUUAUUCAUCUAUUACUUAAGCGCAGCCCUUUUUCUGUAUUUUUUGUGUCUUUUCAGCUAUGUAACUAUGUAACUAUGUAACUUGAAGACAUGGGGACACAGACACCAGGGACAAAGAUACUAGAGAAACUGGCUGGGGGAUAUGGGGACAUUGAGACAUGGGGGCACUGGGAGACAUGGGGACACUGAGACACCAGGGCCACAGACACUAGGGACACUAGCUUGGGGACAUUGUGACACUUGAGGCACUGAGAGACAUGGAGGCACUAGGAGACAUGGGGACAGUGAGACACUGGGAGACUAGGGGGCACUGAGACAGCAGGGACACUGGCUGGGAGACAUGGGGACACUGUGUCCCCAUGUGUCUGUGCCAUAAUGUCUCCCAAUGUCCCUUAGUGUCUCAGUGUAUGUCUCCUUGCAGCCUUUCCCCCAUCCCUUACUUCCCUGAGCUGUAGGCUGUCUCUGCAGGGUGGGAGUUGCUGUCUGGACUCUCUGUAGCUGCACCCCUGCAGAUCAGUGAGUAUAGAUAGGUAGGGAGGGAUAUGCUGCAACUUCCGAUGCCUGCCUGUCUCCACAUACAAUGACCCCUACUGGCCAGUGCUGGUAUUGCAUAGUAAUCUCCAUUCAUACUGAGAAAAAUACCAACAUUUAUAUUGCCAGUAUCACUGCAAUAUUGGCACCAACCCGGCAGCCUCAAAUACUGGCUGUGCCAAUAAAAUAAAAGGCAGGUGGAAUCCCUAAGAAUAGUGUGUGAAAAAAAAAAAAAAAAAGUUUUUUUUUUCUUUUUUUUUAAAUCAAUGGGCCUAUUCCAUGGGCCUGGGCCUGGAGCUGCAGCUCCAUCAGCCCCUAUGUUAAUCCGGCACUGGCGCUCCCCCCAUAUACCAUUCCCCAGCCCCCAUUCAACCUGUCCUUCUGGUUGUAAGGCUAAUUCAACAUAUGUAAAGACUAUAGUAUUUGUCAAUAAAGAGCCUUCCAUUGUUUAAGUAUAAACACUUAUUAAUGCAAUAGAAAAAAAUAUUGUUUCUUUAUUUUAUCAUAAUGUUAAAUACCUAAUAAAACUAUUUGAAAACAAAAUUAAUUACUGGUGGCAAAUUUAAGCAUGUUUUGUGCUUGAAUGUAUGUAUUUGUGUGUAGUGUUGGCAUUUAAAUGCGGUUGUAUGUAUUGUUAUUCUACUUGUGUUUGGUGUUUGUGUUUGAAUGUGUUUGUAUGUAGAGUUGGCAUUUGAUGUUGGGAUGUAUGCACAUACACACUGAAACACACACAGAUACACGCACUGACAUAUACACACACUGACACACACAGAUACACACUAACUUAUACACACACAGAUACAUAUACACACUAACACACACUAAUAAACACUGACUCAUAUACACACACAGAUAUACACUGACACAUACACACACAGAUUCACACUUGUACACACAGUGGCACACAUAUACAUACAUGACAUAUACACACGUAGACACACACAGAUAACACAUAUAUAAAUGUACAUACACAGAUAACACAAACACACACAGAAAUAUAUACACACACAGAUAACACAUAUACACACACACAGACAUAUACACACAAAGAUCACAAUUUAUAUAUUGUUUGCCACCCAUGUGCUUCCAUUCCUUUUUAGUGUAGGGAUGUGGCUUCCCUGGGUUCCAGUGGCAUCUGGCUGGGUCUGAUGGGAGGCAGAUCCAGAAUCCAGGCUGUCAGUCAUCUCUGGUCAUCCCCUGUCUAACUCUCCUGCGUGGAUCGUCAGUAAGCUGUGAGAAAAUGCAUUGUACUCACUGCCUCCCAGCACCGGGAGCCUUAUCAAAUAUGGUUAAAAUAUGGUUAUCGAGUGGUGCAUGGGCCCCUUAAGCUUGUGGGAGGUUGUUCCGCCACAUUGCCAGUGCCAACCUCCUGGUUUUUGGCACCACCGGCCCCCCAGUAGUUACACCACUGGUUCCCAGCCGAGUCCUCAGGGCCCACUGAAAGCAGAGGUUUUGUGAGUAUCACCAUUUUUACAGAAUUGGAAAAGCCUGUACUGGUGAUGUGUCCAGGAAGGAUUUGCCAGUGGGAAAUUGUCUAUCAGCCCCUGUUCACCCUGCAUGCAAAUUUAUGUGAAUACCCUUUUCCAAUAUAUUCAGGAAAAUUCUGAAAAAUUAUUCUGUUUUCAGUUUAGUUAUUUUGGCCUUAAAUUUGAAAUUUACUUUGAAUUUACUUUGAAUUCCCAAUAAUUCUAACUUUAGUGAAUAACCCUGUGAGUUUUGACUUGCAAAAUGUCCAGACUCCUCAAGAUACAGGCUCUGCACAGAGACGCUGACCGCUCCCCCAUAGAGAUGCAUGUGUUGUAGUUGAUGUGACAAAGAACAAGCGAACCACUUGCAGGAUGGCUCUCCAGCUCAUCCAUUUCACUAAUUUGCUGAUAUAGACCUCUAUGCCGUGGACAUGGUCCUUGAUACUCAGAAUUUAUUGACAUGUUCAUGUUCAUUCCAAACCUGAGGAGGGUGGGUGAGGGUUAAAAAAAUAGCGCAUGUGAUAGGGAAGAGGGAGGUCUGCAGUCAGUGUGGGUGGGAGCGAAGGCAAACUUUGUCCACUAAUGAGAAACAGAUAACAUCUGUCGGCAGUAUGCAGUGUGCAGUGCGCAUGAAUGACAGAUGUAAAAUAUGAACAGAAUUAACAUUAGGCAACCCAGAACAGAGUUCAAAUAACUCAAAAACAGUUCAAAAAAGUGCAAAUAACUCUGGAUUUACAGAGUUUUAAGCUGAAACACUGCACAUGCAUACUUCUACCACCAUGAUCACUUCAAAAAGCAGACGUUUAAGUUGUAUAAUUUAAUAAUAAAUUGUACGUACAGUGAAAAGGUAGAAACCAUGUAAAUGCACUCCUGUUCCCUCUCAUCUUGCACAUCUGAGAAUAGUGUGAUACCUUUUCACCAUUCUACUGUAGCAGACUCUCGUAAUCCUUUAGUGCUUUAAGAAAUAUUAUAAUGCGCUCGUGCACCUUUUAUGUUCACUUUAACUUGUCAUAGUCUAUUUGUUUGUAUAUAAAUAUUUUGAUGUUUAAUAAAUAAAAAUAAUUAUAAUGAUAUUGUAUUUAUAUAUUCACUGUUGGCUUGGCUGCUCUAUCUUCUUAUGCUAAAUAAACCUCAUAAUCCUUGAAUUAAUAAUUCUGAUUUACCACAUGUAAGUGGAGGUGUAGUUUAUAAUCAAAUCGUGUUUAUAAUAUUAAUCAGAGACAACUAUGUUGUGUUUGUGUUUUGUUUCAGAUGACCAUAGGUUCUGUCAGAGAAAUAAUAAAUGUCAGUCAAAAAUGUUGAUAAAACAAUUUUAUUUGUUAUAUAUAGAAAAGGUCAUACAUUACCUUGGCACAGAUUUUUUUUGACAAAACGUCUUUCUUUUCUAUUUUUUUUUACUUACCAGAAGGGAUUUUAAAAAAUACACAUUGUGUCUUUGCAGCAACAUUGACUUUAAAAAAAAAAAUUUUUUAAACAUGGCUCCUCUUUCUUGUAUUUAUUAUUUGUAUUGUCUCUGCUGGGAUCUUGUUCCAUGUAUUCACCACUCUUUUUAGUUUAUGCUUUAUUGAUUCCUCUUUAUCUCCACUCUCGGAAAGCAGAAGGUGAGCACCACAGGGCAACUUGAACUAAGAUGAAAGUUGAAAUAAGAUUUCAGCUUGGCCGGUUGCCCCCAGGGCCCUCUUCAACAGCUACUUCUUGAGCCAGAUCUGCUUGGCACAUAAUGUAUAACAGGUGUGCAAAGUGCUGCAGAACCAUGUCCUAAGGAAAACGAGAGGAAACCCCAUCCGCAGGGGGUCUCAGUUAUCUGAGUAAGUGAGCACUGAGUCCUCUGGGUCCCCUUUCUGCAGGGUGCUAAUGAAAAGCUGGAUAGCGCAGCCAGAAUGUGCUAGUGCAGGCUCAGUGGGGAGGGGGUUUGAGAGGGGAUUGGGAAGUAAAAGCUGGUGUGUGUUUGUCGUCGUUCAGAGAGCUCUCCCUGGCACUGCAGACGUCCCCUGCUAUACUGUAAGAGACGACUGACUGUGUCGACAAUCUGCCAUCAAGUAUGGAGAUAAGGCAAGACUGUAGCUCCCUACGCAUAGACCUGCUGCUCAUUGUUCAUUCUCAGGAGAAACAGACGGAAAGGCAAAACAGUGACGAGGACACCAGUCACAGGACACAAGGUACAAGUCACUUUGAAACAUUUGUUCCUUUAUUUUUGAAUAGGUGAAACCAAUAUUCCCCAAACUGCAAGGACAAAACAUGCACGAAAGUGACUCCCAACUGGCAAAGCUAAUGGCUGGGGAGAGCAGAGAUGGCUUAAACUCUGGUGGUCAUUUCAAGUUUAAAUUCUGCUUAUGGGCAAGUGCUCAGAUAUACUGCUCUGGAAGCCAUGUUUAGUAUGGGCAGGAAAGGAGCCAUCGCCAGUCACUAUAUGUUCUAUAGUUUAUAGUUUAAAACUUCAACAAUAAGUUAUAGUGUUCACAUAUAAUAUAUAUUUUAGUUUUAAAAGAGGUUCAGAUAUGUGAUAUAAAGUUAUGUCCCGCGUCCUCACCCCAAAAAUCAUUUCUUACAGGAUAUUUAGCAAGUGAAUGAGGUGUUCUCAAAUGACCUUUUCAGCCUAACCUGACUUCUAAUAUUACAAUUUGCUAGUGCACCUUGACCAAAUUACAGUAUUUUCCUGUGCUGCACAGUCAUGUGAUCUUACCAGUUAUUGUGUUAGUGUAUGUUGUGAUGCUUUGAGGGCUUAUUCAAUAAACUGGAAAUUGUUACUGGGAAUUGCCAGCAUAACUAAUCUAAAAAAAUAGCCCAGUUUCCAGUUUUAUGAAUAUGCCUCAUGCUGUACUGUGUAAGCGUUCAAUAGUGCUUUAUUUAUUAAAUAUGUAAUUGGACAACAGUGCAAUAGAAAUUGUAUAUUUUACAGCUAAAUACCAAAAAUGGAAAAAAAAUACCUUGUUUCAGCUCUGCUAUAUAGUACACAAAAGAGUUGCUGUCUUAAUUAUUUUAAUUCUUCACAAUUCCACGUAUGGCAAAUAAACUGUCAUCUCGGAUUGUAAUUAUUAAACAGCCAUUUGUAAUGAAAUGAAAACUGAAUUGCAAACUUUAUAUAAAAUAGCCAAGGCAAGACGCACUAAGUUGGAGAAUAUUUUUUAAUUCUAUUUUUGCCUAAAUUUUGCCAUUCACAAUUUUCAGUUCAUUACAUUUCAUUGUUCAGUGAAUAUGGUGCAUAUUGUUCAAAACCUUACUCUCGCCUUAGAGUCUGUUUGUUAAUGUAUGAGUUGAAGUCGGUUGAAAAAAUAUUUGCAAAAUGUGAUACAAAAUAGCAUAACACAAUCUACAAUAUUGCUGCACUGGGAAUGUUUCCUAAAUUUGUUAUUUUAAGAUAUGUUUUUGAAACUAGCAGUCAACUCAACACAAAUCACUGUUUAGUAAGCUAUAUCACCACAUUAAAACAUUAGGCUCUGGGGCGAGGGGAGGGGGGGGACAAUAAUAGAAAUAUUAUCUUAUUAGAGUGGCUGAUUUUAUUCCUUAUAUAAUGCAACCUCUUGUAAAUGUCUUUGGUGUAAGAUAUGUGGGUGUGUAUUGUGUGCUUUUAUAUGGGACUUUUUCUUAUUAUAAUUGCUUGUUUUAAUGGUCUUCUUUUCAGAAAAAACAACUCUAAAACAGUCCUACUCCAGUAGACACAUCAUCAGCAGCUAUGAGAGUGAAGGUAAGCAACCCGCUCUUUCUAUACAGUAAAAUUUCCAUUAAUUUUCAUUAAAAAACUUUAUGGAUUUGCUUACAUCAAAAGGUGUACAGUGCAGAAACAAACAGAUUGGGCAAUUGAUUGAUAUUGAUUGUGAGUGAAACGCGUUAGACAGCUUGAAUGAUGCAGUUUGUGCAUGUCAUUUCUAACUGUCUUUCUAAAGAUUUUUAAUGAAAAAGAAUGUAAAUGUUUAAUACAGAUUUCUGGAUCAGAAUCAGUCUUGCCAGGUAAGUGGUUUUUUUUUCUCCUUUUUGUAAUUAAUUUUCGUCUGGGGUGUGCCUACCAAUCAGUGUUUGAUUCCCAUUUAUUUUAGUAGAUUGUGGUUCUGACAACUUGACCUUCAUUUGUUUGUGAAUCAAAAUAGUCUUUAUUGGCAUCUCCAUUUAACCAUGAUCAAAAAUAAUGGGAGUUUUAAAGUUUUAAGGUAAGUUAAAGUUAGUUUUAAGCAUUAGGAUAAGGACAUGGGUGUAGUAGAGAAUGGUGGAAUGGGAAAGUACUGUCUUAGGGAACUUUAUUCAUGCAUUAGGAUGGGGGAUUGAUUAUUAAUUUUGGGUUUAUGGUAAGGGUUAAAAUGGUGGAACCAAAAUGUCCUAACCAUAAGAUUUCCUUCCUUACAAAUAUUUAAACCCUGUAUUUGAAACCAGGACAAAUCCAGAUUAAUACCAGAUCAUGUAAACAUGUAUAACUACAUCGAUGAUGUCAUAAUAAAGCGAUAUAUCUUUAGGCAGGAAGAUUGACCACUGUGUAUUAAUGGGAUGCUACAGUCACCAAAACAACUUGAGCUUAAUGAAGUAGUUUUGGUGUAUAGAUCAUGCCUCUGAAGUCCAACAGGCCAAGUAUCUGCCACUUAAGAGUUAAAUCACUUUUGUUUCUAUUUAUACAGCCCUUGCUUCACCUCUCCUGGCUGUGACUGACAUGAAAUAAAAAUGGUUUAAUUUUCAAUCAGAUGUAACUUACUUUGAAAGUUUUUAUCUCCUGCUCUGUAAAUUGAACUUUAAUUACAUAAAGGAGGCUUGUGCAGGGUCUAGCAAACUAAUAACAGAGCAGGAGAUAAGAAGUUCAAAAUUAAACAGAAUUUGCAAUACAGGAAGUGUAAACAUUAGAUGACUCUUUAUAGGAUGUGUUUUUGAAGGCUGUGUAAGUCACAUGCAAAGAGGUGUGACUAGGGCUGCAUAAAUUUAGAUUUAAGGGGACACUAUAGGCACCCAGGCCACUUCAGUUCAUUGAAGUGGUCUGGGUGCACUGUCCCUAUUGCACUUAGUGCUGCAAUGUAAAAAAACUGCAGUUCCAGAAAAACUGCAGUGUUUACAUUGCAGUACUAAGUCUGCAUCCAGUGGCUGUCUACCAGACAGCCACUGGAGGCUCUUCCUGCAUGUUAACAGACUUUUGGUCUGGUAACUGACACUGGACGUCCUCCCGCUCUGCAUGAGGACAUCCAGCAUCAGAUCUUUCCCGUAAGAAAGCAGUGAUUCAAUGCUUUCCUAUGUGGAAGCCUAAUGCGUUCGCUCAUCAAGGGAUGUCAGAGGAGGUGGAGCCAUAACCCUGUGCCGAAGUACAUUGACGCUGGGAUCAGGUACCUACAGGGUUUUUAACCCUUUAUUUACCACAGCAUUGGGGGGGCUGCAAGUGAGGGGGGAUUCAGAGGGUGCUAUAGUGUCAGGAAUACAACUUUGUAUUCUUGGCACUAUAAUAUCCCUUUAACUCCUAAAUGACAGAAAAUUGAGCAGUGAGACUGCAGGGACAUGAUAUAUACACCAAAAGUUCUUAAAUAAACUCAAGUGCUUACAUUUUUUUAUAAUUUAGUAGGACUAUAGACCCCUCAUCUGUUAUUGCAUUAUUAAUUUUCAUACCCUUUGCUAGAACCUGGACAGAAGAUCAUAGAGUAGGUGUGUUAAUAUAUAUACAUACGUAGGGUAUUCAUAGGCACUCACACUCAUACCUAACCAGUUCGGCACCUGCUACCGCAUAGGAGACAAUUAGCUAUGCCAGACGUAGUCCAAGGGCAACCUAGAAGACGAAAACUAACUUUACCAUGCACCAUACCUAUGCCUGACUAUACCACAUUCAAUAUCUCAUUAGGAGAAACAGACCUUCCGUGACCCCAGGACAAGCAUUCUUACAGAGAUCUAUACGACACACUGACGGCACUUAACUGACCAACCCUCUUCUCACUGUAAAACUACACAAGAAACACUAUUCAAAGUUAAACGCACAACAUUAAGCAUUACUGCAACUGAAGUAACCACUAAUGCUACUAGCGAGUAUGGUGGAGAAACAACUAGGAAGCAAAUGUAUAAAGCGCAAGUUAAAUUUAUAAAAAAAUAUAUAUAUACAUACAUACAUGUAGAACAUUUUGCAAUAUAAAUUCUUCCAACAAAAAAAAUGCUUGAAUGCAAUUUAUUGGAGAUGCUUACAGUAAAAAUAAUUAAUAAUAAUUUAGAAAAAUCGUAGACCAUUUAGAAAAAUUGCUAAAUUAAGUCAUUUGAAGCAGAAAUAUAGGUGAGGUCAAUGUCUUGAUUCUUGGUCUUCAUAAUACAAUGUCGUAAAAUCAAGACUUUGACAAGGAAUUUUCUAUAACAAUUCCAUUGAUUUGUAAGUUUUUUGUUUUCCCUACCCCAUAACAGAAUCACAGCUACCAAUGUUUUGGUAACAGAGCUAUCUCUGGGUGAUCUUUUCAUCAAAGGGAAGCAGUAAUUGGCACUCAUUGUGUCCACUAUGUUUGAUAGGUGUUGUAGGUGCAUAAUGUUUGGAGAAUAACGAGAGCCACUUGAUUAGAAGGCAUAUGUAUUCAACACAAUAUCUGGUAACAGUGGAUAACUGGCACACGUGUGCAUGAGUGGAGUACUACAAACAGGGUAUUUGGAUCUUUAGAGCAAGUUUGGCCUGUGUUGGAAGUGUGAAUUUCUCACCCAUCGUCUCAGAUACUAAAUUCUCUCUAGGGUGCCUCUCUCAACUUUUAACACUGUGAAGCCCGUAUCUCAGGAGAGCUUCUUCCAGAAGUCCUCGAUGACUUAGCACCAGCAUCUAGUUGACAGUUUGUCUUGACUAGCAGCAUGGACAGAGAAUGUAUGCUAUGCGGAAUUCCAAAAACAAGCCAAAAAAUCAAUCACGGGAUUAAUUCUAAAAGCUAUGAACUGACUGGGGUAGGCUACCAAGAAAAACGUGAUUAAGUGAAGGUGGGACCUUCAAGGAGAUGAAGGUUUCAGAGGGAACAACAUGAAAACAUAGCAACUUCAAGAUAUUUAAAGCAAACUUUAAUAAAACCUAAAGUUGCUAGACCACUGUUACAUGAAUCUUCUUAUUUACAUUAACUUAGGAAGUAAAUAUGCACUAAUUUAGCAUGGUAUAUAUAGUACAUGUACCAAAUUCUGCAUAUUUCAUGCCAUACUGCUUUUAUUACUUUUUAGUCUAUGCUAAUUGUUGCAUGUUGGUGUAUAUAAAAUUUUUUUUUUAUAAAGAUAUCAAUGAAAAAACAGGCCAUUAUAUUUUGGAAACAAGAAAAUUCAAAUUGUAACAAAUGAUGCUAAAAAAGUGAAUAAGUGAAUAGCUACAACUCUACAAAAAUACAUAGAAUUUCUUUACUAGCGUACAAAAAUCAUGUGCUACAGUGGAACGCUAAGAUUUUUUUUUUUAAAUUAAAAUAUAGGUAAUAUUUAUUUAUAAUUGAUUGUUAUUGUUACAAUCCAUUAUGCUAUUUUUGUACCGUUAUAUUAUUUAUAGCCUUACAAUGUUUUAAGAGUUGUACUCCAAAGCUUUAUUUAUAGAGUGAUCUGACCUUGCUCUGAGGACGACAUUCGUACAACGAGAAAAACUGUGGUCAAUAUGUUUGUUUAAAUGGAGAUUGUGUAAAGACACAAUUACAUAAAUUUGACGGGUUAAUUUUGAUUUAAUGAAUUAUAAUCUUUGUUCUAUGAACAAACACGUACAUUUUUUUGCUUUAAAGGGACACUCCAGGCACCCAGACCAUUUCUGCCCAUUGGAGUGGUCUGGGUACCAAUUCCCACCACCCUUAGCUCUGCAAGUGUAAUUAUUGCAGUUUUUAUAAACUGCAAUAAUUACCUUGCAGGGUUAAGUCCUCCUCUAGUGGCCGUCUAUCAGACAGUCACUAGAGGGAAUUCCGUGUUCUUAAAACACGAGAAGUUUUAAAUAACGCUAUACAUGAGGACCUCCAGCGGUGCUGGAAUCCCCAUAGGAAAGCAUUUUAUCCCCUUCAGCAACAUGGGAUGGGGGGUCGGAGGGAGAGGGAAACUGUAGGGUCCUGCAGUGCCAGGAAAAUGGGUUUUGUUUUCCUGGCACUGGAGAGUCCCUUUAAGUUACUGCCUACACCUUUUGUCAAAUUUGAUGUUGUCAUGCCUUUUUUUCAAUCUCAUCUUUUUUUUGUGUAGUUCUUUUAUUUUUUGAAGGAUUUCCAUUCUUUUCCAUUCAAGUUUUUUUUUUUCUCUUCGUUUAACAUUCUCCAAAUUGUAGAGUGCCCUUGUAUGGUCUGUUUGGUUGGAGGGCUGACUUAAAACUUGAGGUAUAAUAUGACAGCUACACACGGGCCUUGUCAGCUUUUACACUCUCAUAACAACUUGCUCAAAUAUCUCUCAUAGCACACCAACCCUCAUAUCCAAUGCCAAUUAAAAAAAGACAUAACCGCUUCAUCUUAAUAGUGGUCUGGUACUUUUAGUCUGUACGUUUUCAACCCAGGGGACAAAAGGGCCAACAUAAAACCGCAUCACUCCUGCCCUGGUGACGGAUUAUAGGUACCAACUGCAUAUUUCAAAGAUUUCUUUAUCUUGUGGACUACAUUUACUUUGUUUCGUUGAUGGUUAAUGGAAAACAGAUCAUAAUAAAGUGCUGUAUUUCUUGUUUUAAAAAUGCUGUUUCUGAAAGUAGAUUUAUCAACUUAGUUCAAUGCUGUGUUCAAUAUCAAUAAUAUUUGAACUAUUAAAAAAAAAAAAAAAAGUAAAUUGACAGUUUUAUAAUGACAGAGCCAGUGUUUAGUGAAUUAAUUAAAUAAUUACCUUUACACUCUGUGGAGAUUAAGGGGAUAUUUCAAGGGGACAGUGUGUCCGGCCAUACAAUGUGAACCUAAGUUGAGCCAUUUCAUUACUCAUUAAAGACUAACGGUUGGGUAAUUCUCUUUAUGUCAUGGUAUGUCUGGAAUGCUAUUGGUUCAUAGGGGUUUAAAAGGAUCUCCAAAAAUAGCAUUGAAGUUUUACUCAAUUUGCCAAUUGCUAAAUCUCUACUUUAAUGUCGGAGUCUUAAGAGAGAGUGAUGUAGAAACAGUGUAAUAUACGUACCAAAAGUCCAAACCCCUUUUAGUAUCAUAGUGUUGUCAUGUUAUCAGUGCCUUAGUAAAACUUAUUGCUUUUUGGAUUGUGGCUUAUCUCUUGUAGGAAGCAACUGGGAGCCUUCUCCACAACCAACUGCCAAAGACUUUUAUGGUAAGAUUAUAAUGAUCUCCUUUAGGAUUCGGCCAGCAUUACGUCAAUCUUUUAAUAUGUUCCAACAUCACGUUAGAUUGGGAUAGACAUCCUUCGGCACUCUACGUGCUCUUACAGCUAUAAUGCUGGCAAAUCAUCAAUGGAGAUGUAGUCCACAACAUCUGGAGUGCUGAAGGUUGCCCACCCCUGAAUUAGAUGGUUAAAGAGAAAAAAAGUUCCAAUGAGAUGACUCUUAAACCAGUUAGAAGAUACUUAAAUCCAAUGACCAGAGGUGGGGCUUAACUAGCAUGGGGAGCAGUUGCACUUGGCUUGAGCUCCUGGAGAUUGACUGAAUUGUAGCCUUUUUGAUGACUUAUUUGAUUGCUCACCUGACGACUCUGCUGAACCACUGCAAUCUAAAUGGCAUUUACUUUGCACAUGUUGAGGAUAAUACUGCAUCAUUUUGUCAGCAAUCUGCUUUGGCAGCCCUGCGGCCUCUCUGUGGCCUACUUAAUGACUCAGGCACGAGGGAUAUUUUCCUAGUCCAUUCUUCCCACUGCUUUUCUCAAUGUAUCUUUGCUUAUGUGUAUAGGCUAUUGUUGUUAUUAGUUGUUUACUGAGCAAAAAGAAAGACCCUAGUGUUAAAUACUGAAACAGGUAUUGCUACAGUAAAACUGAUGCGGUGGGUAUUAAAGACCAUGCAAUACAUUAGACACCAAUAAGCCUUUUAAUAGUAAUUUUCUGAACCCGUUUAGCUUAUCCAUGGGAUAGAUCCAACUUGAAGUCAUUGCCAGUGAAUCUGAAGAACUUUGAGAGACUGGAUGCCUAUGCUGUGCAGGUAUGUGGGUGUGUGUUUUACGUGACUCAAUGAGGGUGCCUUUUUCAGAUUUUUGGCAUUUCAGUAUGGAAUGGAAUUGAUCCUUGUUUGUGAUCAAUACAAAUGAUACAUUAAUUAGAAUUCAAGAAAUAAUGGGAAUGCAAAUGUAGCCAUGUGCAUUAGUUGGUAUAAAUGGAACAACAUUAAAAUGAUAAAUUUUCCGAUACAAAUUAAGUUACAGCAAACACAUAAUAAAAUACACUUAUAAAUCUUAUCAGGCUACUUGAAAUUACUUAUCUAAGAAAACAAAUAUAAGGAUUCAGUUCCACCAUAUAGCCAUAUUGUGUUAAGCCCACCAUUACUUCACUGUACCCAAAUAUCAGUGGGUACUACACUAAUUUGUGUGCGCUGUAACUUAAUUUGUAAUAUGUAUAAAUAUUGGUCAUUACGGUAGCACCAUUCCUGCAGACUGCAUGUUCCGGGUAUGCCCCCCAAUCCUUUUUGUCUUUGCUAUAAACUUGAUAAUGUCUUAAUUCACAUAUCUUAUGAUUACAUAUUGCAUCAGUUUAUCAAUAGAAGAGAAUCAGAGACGUAUUUUGUAGCAUUAGAUAUAAUGUGUAGUCAUGGGGUCUGGGGUGGAUAUUCUUUGAUGGGGUACUUCUGGUACCCACGUUUGUAAGGUUUUCAUAUAUCCCAACAUCAUAAGAUAUGAACUCUGGAUAGGAGUUGAGCCAUGAUGUGACCAGGAGCAGGCCUGCUCGAGAGAAUAGUGCAUGUCAGCUUGGCUUGAAUGCUUGCCAAGAUAUGAUGCUGCUCUGAUCUAUUGUACUUAGGGCUGCACAUGUGCAAAGUGUUGUUGAAGCACUCUGGGAUGGACUGAAUGCCCUGAAAGCUCUUUGCACAGUGUAAGCGCAUUCGACAAAAUACGCACAAUCCUCUAGACUGGAAGCUCAUUCGAGCAGGAAUUGUUUGUGUAACAUUUUGUAAUUAUCUAAUUUUUUGUUAAUUUUCCCCGUUUGAUAUUAUUGUAAAGCACUGCAGAAUAAGAUGGCCCUAUAUAAAUGCUAAUUACAAUAAUAAUAAUAAUAAUGAUGAGGAUAAUGAUGAUGAUGAUGAUGCACUUGAACAUGAAAACAACGACUGUGUCGCCUGAACUGUUUGGGAUCAUAGGUGUUCAUUUCUCUUUUUGCUAAAAAAACAAAAUAUAAUAGUAAUACUGUCACGAUUCGGGGAACCCAACACGCUGGCACACACACACACACAGAAAAUGUGCUGUACUGGACCUUAGAGUGGCUGGGCUAAGCACGCUAAGAGUAGUCAGGAGACAAGCCAAGUAAAGGGAACCAGAAAACGGGAGAACGAGAAACAAGCCGAGGUCAAAGGAGUGGAGAAGACAGAUAAUCGGAAUAACGAGCCAAAUAAUCAGUAGCCAGAGAGCAAGAUGAGAACACUACGCUACAGGUAUCACAAGACCACAACAGGGCACUGAGGGACAGGAAAGGUGAGUAUAAAUACCCUUGGUUUAAUUCUGAUUGGAUAACUUCCAAUCAGAAUUAACAAUCACACGUGGGGGAUAUCUAUACCUCCCACUGUGAUUGUGGUACUGUUUCUUUAACGCCGGGUCACUCACGUGACCCUGGCAUUUACUUAAUUCAUUGACCUCCCGUUAUACAUGCUGCCGCUGGGGGGCAUGGAGGACGCUGGCGGCGAGCAGCACAGAGGAGACGCCGCUCGCCGACAGGUAAGCAGAGGGGAGACCACGGGUGGCGAUGGACUGAGGGUGAGUGCUGCAAGUGGCGUGCAGCCUCCCCUCCUAGCCGCCCGCGGAUCCCUGACAUAACCCCCCCCCUCGAGGCCCGCCCAAGGGGCGGGAAGCCGAAGGCUUCGAAGGGAACCGCGCAUGAAAGGAGCGGAUCAAAGAGGGUGCAUUCAAGUCAGAGGCAGAAACCCAGGACCGCUCCUCAGGGCCGUAACCCUUCCAAUCAACCAGAUACUGCAACUGACCCCGAGAAAAACGAGAAUCAAGCAGAGCAGCUACUUCGUAAACGUCAUUAGAGACAGCGCGGAGGGAAUCUGGACGCCUGAGAGGACCAGAGUAUCGAUUACAGAACAGGGGCUUCAAAAGGGAGGUGUGGAAAGUGUUCGGUAUACGCAUGGAAGGAGGCAAGGCCAGGGAGUAGGACACAGGAUUGACCCUACGUAAUACCUUAUAGGGGCCAAGGAACCUGGGCGCAAAUUUCAUUGAGGGCACCCUGAGGCGGAGAUUCUUAGAGGACAACCAAACCCUAUCACCCGGGACAUAAGAGGGAGCAGCACCCCUACGACAAUCAGCAAAUUUCUUCUGAGUAGCAGUCGCACGAGAAAGAGUAGCAUGGACCUGAUCCCACAUCUUCCGUAAGGAGGUGAGGUGCUUGUCCAAAGCAGGUAUUCCCUUGUCGGAGAACACGCCUGGAAGGACAGAGGGUUGGAACCCAUAAGCAACCAUAAAAGGACUUAAGCCAGUGGACGAAUGAGUCACAGUGUUCCUGGCGAAUUCAGCCCAAGGAAGGAGGUGAGACCAGUUGUCCUGGUGUGCAUUCGUGAAGCAACGUAAAUAUAACUCCACAGAUUGAUUCGCCCGUUCGGCCGCUCCAUUAGAUUGUGGAUGAUAGGAGGAAGUAAACGACAAGGAAAUCCCCAUCUCAGCACAAAAGCCCCUCCAAAACCGAGAGACAAAUUGAGGACCCCUGUCAGAUACGAUAUCCUGUGGUAUACCAUGCAAGCAGAAAACCUCUUUGGCAAAUACCUGAGCCAACUGAACCGCAGAAGGUAGUUUCUUAAGUGGAAUAAAGUGUGCCAUUUUAGAGAAUCUAUCAGUCACAGUCAAAAUUACUGUCAUUCCAUCGGAUGAAGGAAGAUCCACAAUAAAGUCCAUGGAUAAGUGGGUCCAUGGUUUCUUGGGUACGGAUAAAGGCAUUAGGAGUCCCGGGGGUUUGACAUUAGGGGACUUACACUGUGCACAAACACAACAAGCCUGCACAUAAUCCACCACGUCUUGCUUAAGUGAAGGCCACCAAAACUGUUGAAGGAGACCCUUGUAUGUUUUGGUAACCCCUGGGUGGCCAGCCGUUUUGGCAGUGUGAAAUAAAGCUAACAAUUUCUUUCUAUCUUUCUCUUUCACGUAUAAUCUACCAACAGGUAUCUCAGAGGGAGCUUGGGUUUGGUAUGCCUUGAUACCAUCAAGGAAAAGAGACGAAAUAACUAAACGGGUAGCAGCUAUUAUCCACAAUGGGUUCAGGAGUGGGAGCGAUAGACUCCAAAGGUUUGUAUUGUCAGGAGAUAGCAUCAGCCUUGACAUUACGGUACCCAGGCCUAUAUGUGAUAAUGAACUGAAAGCGCGAAAGAAAUAAGGACCAUCUGGCUUGACGAGAGGACAACCUUUUAGCAUCAGCUAUAUAGGAGAGAUUCUUAUGAUCAGUUAUAACCAGGAUUUUGUGUCUAGCUCCUUCUAAUAAGUACCUCCACUCUUUAAAUGCCAUCACAAUAGCUAAUAGUUCCCUAUUCCCGACGUCGUAAUUCUUUUCCGAAUCAGACAGUUUUUUAGAAAAGUAACAACAGGGAUGGAGGGGUUCGUUAUAGGAUAAUCUUUGUGAUAAUACAGCUCCUAUACCUGAUUCUGAAGCGUCUACUUCCAUUAUAAAGGGAAGGGAAGGAUCAGGAUGAUGUAGCACAGGAGCAGUGGCAAAUGCCUUUUUGAGGGUUUCGAAGGCUUUGAUGGCUUCAGGAGUCCAAACCCUGGGGUGCAAACCCUUUUUAGUUAGUUUAGUGAUAGGAGAAAUGACCGAUGAAAAGUUUUUAAUAAACCUGCGAUAAUAAUUGGCAAAGCCUAUAAAUCGCUGUAUUGCCUUAAGACCUUGAGGGAGAGGCCAAGACAAUAUGGCUUCUAAUUUAGAAGGAUCCAUACUGAACCCCUGUUCAGAAAUGAUGUACCCUAGGAAUUGUACUGAUUUCUGGUCAAAUAAACAUUUCUCCAAUUUACAAUAAAGACCGUUCUGUAGCAAUCUCUUAAGUACCUUCCUCACAUGGGCAUGAUGUGACUCCAAAUCAGGAGAGAAUAUGAGUAUAUCAUCGAGAUAAACCACAGCACAGACAUGCAGUAGAUCUCUAAGGACAUCAUUUAUGAAGUCCUGAAAGACAGCAGGAGCAUUACACAGUCCAAAAGGCAUGACUAGAUACUCGUAAUGCCCACUGCGUGUAUUGAACGCUGUCUUCCAUUCAUCAUUUUCUUUUAUCCGAACCAAGUUGUAAGCCCCCCUGAGGUCUAGUUUAGUAAAAUAUCUAGAACCUUUAACACGGUCAAACAACUCAGCAAUGAGAGGGAUAGGAUAAGCAUUUUUAAUUGUUAUAUUAUUCAGGCCCCUAUAGUCUAUACAUGGUCUCAAAUCGCCCUCCUUCUUGGCAACAAAAAAGAAACCAGCACCAGCCGGAGAGGAGGACCUUCUGAUAAAAACUUUACGUAAGGAUUCCUGUAUGGUUCCAUGGUGGCCCUGUUGUAAUGUCACGAUUCGGGGAACCCAACAUGCUGGCACACACACACAGAAAAUGUGCCGUACCGGACCUUAGAGUGGCCGGGCUAAGCACGCUAAUAGUAGUCAGGAGACAAGCCAAGUAAAGGGAACCAGAAAACGGGAGAACGAGAAACAAGCCGAGGUCAAAGGAGUGGAGAAGACAGAUAAUCGGAAUAACGAGACAAAUAAUCAGUAACCAGAGAGCAAGACGAGAACACUACGCUACAGGUAUCACAAGACCACAACAGGGCACUGAGGGACAGGAAAGGUGAGUAUAAAUACCCUUGGUUUAAUUCUGAUUGGAUAACUUCCAAUCAGAAUUAACAAUCACACGUGGGGGAUAUCUAUACCUCCCACUGUGAUUGUGGUACUGUUUCUUUAACGCCGGGUCACUCACGUGACCCUGGCGUUUACUUAAUUCAUUGACCUCCCAGCGUGCAGCGUUAUACAUGCUGCCGCUGGGGGGCGUGGAGGACGCUGGCGGCGAGCGGCACAGAGGAGACGCCGCUUGCCGACAGGUAAGCAGAGGGGAGACCGCGGGCGGCGAUGGACUGCGGGUGAGUGCUGCAAGUGGCGUGCAGCCUCCCCUCCUAGCUGCGGAUCCCUGACAAAUACUGCUGCAUGAUGUCACGAUAUAAGAUGAAAUUCAGCUGUUGACAUUCUAUGGAACAGCUGGCAAUUCACUUCCAACUCUCGGCAAGUCUUGUUUGUGUCUAUAAAGCCUCGCUCAGCCGAGCUAUUGAAGGUUAAGCAAGAUUUUCUCACUUGCUGGUUUGAUACAACCUUGAAUCGGAUUGUGUAGAGUAUGAGUAUUUGUAGCAAAUGUGGAAACUUUAAGCGUAUUCUUUUUUUAAUAUGUGUUGAUUCAUCAUAUAUAUUGAGUGUUAUACCUGUAUAAGGAAUUAAAAAUAAAGGUUCAAAACCACCCUGGAGUGUCUUUUUAAUGUGACCCUGUGUCCAUGAUUGCAGGUGGGUAAGCGGAGUACAGUUGAGGAGCUAGUCAACGUGCUGAUGAAAAUAGCACGCACAGACCUGGAGAAGGUUCGGGUUAUCUGGAUGUGGAUGUGUCACAACAUAGGUGAGGAACAGCCUAAUUGGUUUCAAAGAGAACACACUCACUGUGUAGUGACCAUUUAGAUUGUUUGUGCAAAAACAUGUUAGAAAAUAAAUCCUCUUGGUUAUAAAGCAGCUCUUUCUGUAGGACUAUUAAUACUUUAUUUUGAGGAACUGGCGUGUGUAUAUGUGACAUCACAUAUAUAAGCCCAAACUCUAUGUAUGUAAAUGAGCAUUGUAAUUUAUGUUUUAUAUUUGCAGCAUUGUUUAUUGUAUUUUAUUUUUCCUUGCCACUACUUGUUAAAGUGAUUAUAUCCAUUUUGUUUAUUCACUAUACUGUAGUAUAGGUCAGGAUCUAACCUGGAAAAAUAAGAAGAAAAGAAAGGGACAGGAAAAUAUAUAUUACCGGUUCUUCAGUUGACCGGCUUAAUGAAAUUCCCCAAAGAAGGCAAAUAAAUGAGUAAAGUCAGACAGGUUAAUGUAGUAAUGUAGUUGGUAACCAUAGACAAGGUCGGGAAGCCAGGAAUAUUAAAACCCAAUAAGACAUACCCAUUCAAUAAUACCAGAUACUUAAUAGCUAGGUGGAUCAAAACCUAGAAUCACACUACAGUACAGAGGAAUAUGAUUACAGGCUACACAAACCACAAAAGGCAUUUCCACAAGAUGUUGGCUUAGAUAGCCUAUAUCAUUGAUGCCCAUCGAACAUGGAUCAUUGUAAUUACUUUGCAACUAGAGCACAACUUUUGGUGAAAGCAGAAUGAUGACAGCCAAUAAUGGCAUAAGAAGAAAUAGAAGCAUCUAGAGUCAAAGUUGGUGCAUAGAGAUGACGCAAGAUGCGAGGAUCCAGGACAUUAGCCAGGGGCUCUAAUAACAGGCUUAGUAAUGUGGGUUGCUAUUCGAGACUUUUAUUUACCAGAGAAAAUCUUCCCCAUUAAUAUUUUGAUUAUUGGACCACUCUCCUCCAUCCCUAUUUAACAAUCCCUUCCAACAUUACAGAAAUAUUAUUCUCAUUCCAUUUAGAGUAUGACUUAGAAGGUCUGGAUGACAAAUCAAAAAGGUCUGGUGAUCCCAGCCAAACGUUACUCUCUGGGAAAGGAGCAUGUGAAGGGUAUGCGGGUCUCUUUCAGAAGAUGUGCAGGUAAGAGAUCUUUCCCAAGAAGAAUUAUGGUAUCAUUUUCAAUACUGGAAUUCUGUUACACCUUUACGUGCACUGGAAGGAAUUAAACUCUGAUUAAUAUAUACGUAAUACAUAACAACUUUGCUACACCAACUCUCAGUUUCUCAAGAAAGAGCUGAGCCAUAGACUAACAUAGUCUUUUGUUAGUAGGUACUAAUGCAGGUAACCCGUGGAUCCUUACAGAUUAAUAGGAGAUCAUUACCUUGACUUUACUAAUUUUAUGCCUAGCCAAAAUAAAUUGGCUGUGAUAAUGGGAAUAUAAUUACAGAGUUCCCCCAUGGUCAGUUGGCACACUGUAUUCAUGAAAUUAUCUUCCAUUUGGUAGACAGAAACGGCAGUUCCACAGGUUCAGAAUUAUUUACAUUGCUGUUCAUGCUGAUAAGGUAAUCAGGGGAUUCCUGCUCAGUUUGUUUCUUCAUUAUUGUCCAUUCCUGGGCUACGCAAUCCCAGUUCUUAGAUAAUAUGUGUCAUUCAGCUUCAGUUUGGAAGCUUCAAACUAGUCUGAACUAACCUAGUUGAUCCAAAUUGCCUCACUAACAACUGUUUGUUUGCACUGUUGAUUUUAACUCCAUGCCUACUCAUCAAUGUGUAUAUGUUACAGUUAAAGUGCAGAAAUCAGUUAAUGUGCACAUUACCUAGUUAAUCUGCAGAUUAGCUAGGGCGAUCAGUUAAAGUGCAGAAAAUGAUUUCGUUUCUCAAAUAUUUCUCACAUUACCUAGGUUAUCUGCAAAUUACCUAGAUAAUCUGCACAAUACCUACUAGGCACUUGUUAAAGUGCAAAAAAAUCAUUCUGUCCUCCAUCUCUGAGGGGCCCAGGGCUCUGGAGGACACCAUGGUGUGCACAGGCUGCUGUUCUGUUCUUGUCUGGACCACAUAGUCACAUACCUCUUCAAACAGUUAUCCCGAACUGGUAAGAAACGAGGAGCCCCCACCACCACAAGAGAGCGAGCGCUUCCUGCACAUUAUGCAGCAACACCCUGAAAUGAUCCCAGCAGAUGCUCUCCACUGUUCUCAAUAUCAUCAUAUAUUUGAAAAGUGUCAGAAUCAGUGGUCCAUGAGCAGUCCUCUCCUUGGUCUCAUUCUCCUCAAUGAGAGAAGUAUUUCUCAGACUUACGGAGCAGCAUUGUUAGUAGCCAGCCCUCUCUGAGAAGCAACAAGCCAUGCGUCUAUGUUUGAGAAUUUGAUGGUGGAGGGCAUUAAAAGGAACUUGCUCACAAAAGAAUCGAGACAGGUUCACACAGAAACUUUCUACCUUCAGACGAGAAGUGAACGACUCUGCAGAGACUGCACUGAAAGGGUGAAAAAGGUUCUGCGAGGACGUUUUGUAAUAAAUAAUUUCCUUUUUACCGAAGGAAAGAAACAAACUUUUGCACUGAAAGGGUGAAACAGGUUCUGCAAGGACGUUUUUUGUAAUAAAUAAUUUCUCUUUUACCGAGGGAAAGAAACAAACAUUUUGCACUUUAACUAUACAGAAGCAGUUUAUGUGCACAUUACCUAGGUAAAGUGCGGAAAACUCUUGAUUCUGCACUUUAACGGAGCAAAUAAGUUAAUCUGCAGAUUAACUAGGCAAUGUGCACAUUAACUGAUUUCUCACUUUAAUGGUAACAUAUACACAAAUAAACAUUUGUUUUACAUUACAAAACAAUGCAAAAGAGAAAAAGAAAAAGCCAAUAAAACCAUAUUUAAUGUUCAGUUUUUCACCCUGCAGAGAAACACAUUUUCAACCACCACUUCAUUCUGUUCAUCUGCAUCUCUGUAGAGAUACUGUAAAUGUUGACCUCUACAGAAAUGUUUGUAGGUUAAACUUCAUGGGUAAACAAAGUUCAAAGGUGUGUCAGCUUCAAACCUAUGAUAGCACAAGUUGGGUAUGUUACUUUGUUAUUGGUCUGCACUCACUACAAAUUCCAAAGAAGUCCUCUUCCAACUAACACUGGAUAGUGGCCUCAAGCCCAUUCUCAAAGGUAAAACUUGUCCAUCUCUUCUCACAUUGUAGGUGAAGGAAUUUAAUUUUGGGGGAAUAUUGUAGCUUUGUCAAGACUAAUGACCCAAGUGAGAUUUAUUACAGGUUAUAAAGAGUGCACUGAGUACCUUACAUGUAAUCUAUGAAAACCAUGGCCUUACUUGUAGAUUAUAUGCACAUUGCAGAAACUUUGCAGACUGGUGUAACUCUACCUAAUGCGUGUGUACAUUUUGCCCACACUCUGACCUUUUUACAUUCUGGUGGGAUUUUGUCACCUACUCAGAAACACCAUCAGCUUCUCAGUAAUUAACAACAAAAAGUACAUUGGAACAUUUGUAUCUGUUUGUUUUGUCACGUUUUUUGGAAUGUGCUGAAAUGGUACUGUAAAAAAAUUUAGAAAACAAAUUUCAAGAAAAUGAUUGCUGUUUUUCGCUAUGUUUAUAUAUUUCUGUGCAUAACUAUGUUUACAUAUCCCAGUAACAUACUUUCUUCCUCUAGUCUUGCAGGUAUAAACUGCUUAAAAAUUGGUGGAUAUUCAAAAGGUCACAGCUACACACCUGGGCAAACAUUCUCGGGAGAGACAAACCAUGCUUGGAACGCUGUCUGUUUAAACAGAAAAUGGCACUUAGUAGAUACCACGUGGGGAGCAGGAUUUGCAGACAGCAGUAGCAAUACAUUUAACUUUCGGUAACUACCCAGAUGUCGUCUUUGCUAGUUUUGUUAUAAAAUGUUACUCCUUUGAUGUCAAUCAACCUAAAAACUUUAAAGUGGGGGGUGGAUGCACUAAGCAGUGACGUAUGGUGAAUGCCAAUCUAGGCAUGGGUCCCACCACAGCUAUAUGGAAUUUCCUGCGCCAUUUGUGACGCAGGUUAUUGGACAAAGUAAGCCUUGAGCAAUAUGUAAAUAUGUCUUAACAUUGUAAAGCAUUGUAAAAUAUGUUGGUGCUAUAUAAAUGUUACUUAAAAGUUGGAAUAUUAUCGUAUGAUUCCUAGACAGGGACCACACUAUCUGGUGUGGCAGACGAGUUAUACAAUCUAUGGAUACUAGAUAGUUAAAAUCAAAUGGAUCUUAAUUCAGGCUGUUAGCUGAUGGGUCAGUGUAUUAUAGAAGCAUUUAUUCUAGUAUUCUCUAUUUUGCCAUACAACUGCUUUUUAUUUUAUAUACUUUGGACGUGUACAGAUCCUCCUGGAUCAUCUAGAAUCUAAAAUCUAUUUUAUAUAUAGGGUCUAAUAGGGAGGUGGAAUUGUGGUGGCUGUGGAGGAACGGAGAAGACCUUACCUACUUUUAUACCUAAUUUUAUCACUAUCUAUAGCACUCGUAAGUAUUAAUUACUAUCUACCUCUAAGUAUCCUGAGAAAUAAGCAUAGUUUCUAUUCUAGAAAUAAUGGUUUAGUAGGUCUCCCCUUUCUUCCUUUGAUGGUGCUUUCACAAGUCUCUUAACCAAGCUGCAAAUUGAGAUUAGUCUCAGUUAGCUAAGGAAUAGGAAGGAUUUAGAAGACAUCUAUCAUUUACCAUAUUUCCUAAUUAAAAAUUAUUUAUUUAUUUCAAACCGUUUCCUCAAUCUAAUUAACAGCAAGUGAAUUGCUACUUCUUUAGGUGGUCUCUUAGGCAAUAGACAAUAAAGCCUGGUUGAGUCACUGAUUAAAAUGUUGCAAAACCUCUGUUUACUAGUAUCGAAUUCUUUACAGUUCACAUAACUGGGGUUUCUUUUUAUUAUAUCUCAAAUUGUUCAUCCAAAACCAGAUAGUGUGGUCCCUGUCUAGGGAUCAGACUAUAAUUUUCCAACUUUUAGGAAAUAACGUUUAUAGGCUCCAAGGCCAGGGUAGGAUUGGAACUACCUGAACUGACCGACCCAAACCAGGAAAAAUUGAACAGGGAAGAGAUUCUAUUUUCUAAAUAUAAUUUUAUAUAAAUGCUAUGAUAAUAAUAAUUAGCAUAAGAGCAGUAAUUACAAGAACAAAUUUGGUAAAUUUGUCUAGUAAUCACUCACUAAGUAAAAAUUCACAUUGACAGUUUUCAGUGUUUCCUGGUCUUAAUAGAAUGGUUUGUUUAAGUGAUUGCCAAAAAAAAUUUUUUUUUUUUUAAAUGUUAAAGCAAUAAUGAAUAGAUGUAGAGAUAUGUUUUGGUUAAACUGCAAUUCCUCCCAACUUCUGAACUAAGUAUGCUGGUUCUGAUUCUGGAUUCUUCCUGUGGUGCCAAGAAAAAAAAAAAGACAUCACUAAUGGGGUAAAAAAGAUGGUUGAUUGCUAGAAAACAGUUACUAAAUGUUGAUUUUAUUCACAGAUCACGUGAGAAGUGACCAACAGAGGGGAAAAAGGAGGACCACUAUAAAAAAAAAACUAUAUUCAUACAUUUAAUAAGUAAAUAAAAUAUGAAUAUAGAUAUUGUUUUACUAUGGCUUCUGUGGUUUCCUCUAUUAGUUACUUUUUUCACACUUGAACUGUGAACCAAAUUGGGAGAAACCGCUCUUCUAUUAUAUUAUUAUUAUGUUAUGUAUAUAUUUUGCAGUACACUGAUUGGCCCUUUUUAAGCCCUUUUGGAAUAUCUGAUUUGUUUCCCAAAUAAGCUUUUCAGUGCCGAACUUCUGCCCAACCAUACCAACAUAUGGCUGAAAUUAGGGCAUCCUGAGAAAAUUUUCUAAUUUCGGGAAAAAUGAUAGCCGAAUCCAAUGUUUUCACCACUCACUAUGAGUCUCUUUACUAAAUGUGAAAUUGUAGUGAGUUGAAAACCAAACUGGAAAAUUUGAGCUAACAUAGCUUAUUUGUGACUAAAGCCUUUCUCUUUUGUGUGUAGGUACAAUGAGUUUUAUUUCCUCACUCAUCCUGCACUGUUUAUAGAGGAGCAUUUUCCUGAUAACCAAAACUGGCAGCUUCUGAAGGUACCCUUGUCUUUGAAACAAUUUGAAGGAAGCUUGCAUCGUAAAAGUGGCUUCUAUAAUGCUGGACUCAUAGCUCUAUAUCCUGAAACACUUCAGGUGGAGACAGGUAAUCAAUUCGACAGCCAUUACUCCAAACAAUGUUUAAAAUAUUCUAUAUACAUAUACAGUAUCUCCCCAAAGUGAAUACAACCCUCACAUUUUUGUAAAUAUUUUAUUAUAUCUUUUCAUGUAACAACACUGAAGAAAUGACACUCAGCUACAAUGUAAAGUAGUAAGUGUACAGCCCGUAUAACAGUGUAAAUUUGCUGUCCCCUCAAAAUAACCCAACACACAGCCAUUAAUGUCUAAACCGUCGGCAACAAAAGUGAGUACACCCCUAAGGGGAAAUGUCCAAAUUGGGCCCAAUUAGCCAUUUUCCCUCCCUGGUGUCACGUGACUUGUUAGUGUUACAAAGUCUCAGGUGUGAAUGGGGAGUAGGUGUGUUAAAUUUGGUGUUAUCGCUCUCACACUCUCUCAUACUGGUCACUGGAAGUUCAACAUGGCAUCUCAUGGCAAAGAACUCUCUGAGGAUCUGAAAAAAAGAACUGUUGCUCUACAUAAAGAUGGCUUAGGCCAGGGAUAGGCAAUCUUCGGCACUCCAGAUGUUGUGGACUACAUCCCCCAUAGCUCUUACACACAUAAUGCUGGCAAAGCAUCAUGGGCGGUGUAGUCCAAAACAUCUGCAGUGCCGAAGGUUGCCUAUGCCUGGCCUAGGCUAUAAGAAGAUCGCCAAUACCCUGAAACGGAGCUGCAGUACGGUGGGCAAGACCCUACAGCAGUUUCACAGGACAGAUUCCAUUCAGAACAGGCCUCACCAUGGUCAACCAAAGAAGUUGAGUGCUGAGUGCAGGUGUUCAGCAACAUAUCCAGAGGUUGUCUUUGGGAAACAGACGUAUGAGUGCUGCCAGCAUUGCUGCAGAGGUUGAAGGGGUGGCUGUACACUUACUACUUUACAUUGUAGCAGAGUUUUAUUUCUUCAGUGUUGUCACAUGAAAAGAUAUAAUAAAAUAUUUCUCAAAAAUGUGAGGGGUAUACUCACUUUUGGAAAAUACUGUAUAUCUAUCUAUCUGUCUAUCUAUCUAUCUAUCUAUCUAUCUAUAUAUAUAUAUAUAUAUAUAUAUAUAUAAAUAAUAAAUUUUCAGUUGCAAAAAAAUAUUUUAUGUUAUAUCCUAGUGUAUCAUAGUGGCAUAGCGUACAAAUCAAACUCCUCACAGGUUUUGAAUUAAGCUAGAUAAAUUUGUAUCAAUAGUUCUGCAAGAUGAAAUCAACUUUGAUGUCUGAUAACGUGAUAUCUGAAACUAUUUUACACAUAGUACAAUAGUGACUAAGUUAGCUUUUCCUUGCUCAUUCUAUAGUCAUUGCAAUAAGAAAGUAACCAAUAUACAAUCAACAUAACCAGUACUCACUGUCAUUAUGAAACUGAUUAUAGUUAGUGUAUUGGUGAUCAUGCGCCAAAUCCCCCCAUGUGUGGUACAGAUAUUUCUUCACUUUUCCUAUGUGGUUCACUGUAGUAGUAGCACUAGUAGAAAACAAUGACUUAGAGAUAACAUGAAUACUGAUAACAGACCUAAUGCCAGGGACUGCUGCAUUGUACCCUCCCCACUCUGGGUUUGUACCAGUGAUAGUACUUACUUACAGUGAUAGACACUUAGAGCAUCAUUACCCAAAUAUUAAAAUGCGGAACAGUAGCACAUUAGCAUAUUUACUUGCAGUAAUUACAAUGACGACAAAAGACGUAAAAUAACUGAUUCCAGUGCUUGACAGAUAUUAGUAUUAUUAUUUAUUUAUAAAAUAUUUUACCAGGAAAGAUACAUUGAGAUUUCUCUCAUUUUCAAGUAUGUCCUGGGUCUACAAAACAUUGCAUUGUUACAAUAGGGUACAAUAAAAUACAAAAACAAUAUUAAUACACAAUAACUACAAAAUUUAACAUAAAACAGGUAGGAAAUAUAUAAUCAACCAUGACACGUGCAUUCUGUUUUGAGGUAUGUAGAGAGGGAUCUCUUAAAGGACUUUAGGCUUGGGAAUGAUUUUAAAUUGUGCAGGAGGUCGUUCCACAAUUGCGGUGCUCUAUAGGAGAAGGAGGAUCGGGCCGCUUUCUUUUUGUAUUGAGGUAGACUAAAUAAAGUGUUGGUACUGGAUCGGAGGUUAUAGGAAGUGGGAACAGCUGGGGAAAGCAUUUUGAUCAGGUAGGGUGGGAGUUUACCAGAAAAGCUCUUAAACACAAGGCUGGAAAGAUGAAGGGUGCGUCUGGAUUCCAGCGACAGCCAGUUUAGUCCUUUUAGCAUGUCACAAUGGUGGGUCCUAUAAUUAUAUUGUAGCACAAAUCAGCAGAACGAGUUAUACAAUGUGUUGAGUUUAUUAAUGUGGGAUUGCGAUGCAGAUGCAAAUAUUACAUCCUCAUAAUCAAUGAUUGGCAUCAGCAUUUGCUGUACAAUCUUUUCCUUUACUGUAGGGCUUAGGCAGGAUUUGUUUCUGUACAGGACACCUAGUUUUGGAUAAAGUUUAGAUGCAAGCUUUUCUAUGUGCAGGCCAAAAGAUAGAUUGGGGUCUAAUAUCAUACCCAAGUAUUUGAAAGAGUGGACUGCGGUCAGUGUGUCAUUUGAAUUUGUUUUGAUGGAUAGGUGGGAAUUGUGUAAUUUGUGUAAUUUAGGUACUGUUCCAAAGAUCAUUGUGACAGUUUUGUCAGUGUUCAGGAAGAGUUUGUUUUUUGCGAUCCACCUUUCUACCUCUGUAAACUGGUCUUGGAGCACAGCCUCAAGUUGCGGUAGAUCGGAUUUGCUCGCAUAGAUUACCGUGUCAUCUGCGUACAUGUGUACAUUUGAGGAUUUGCAGACAUUAGGCAGAUCAUUUAUAAAUAAUGUAAAUGGUAGGGGGCCGAGAAUGGAACCCUGGGGAACACCACAUGUGACUGGGAGAGGGAGGGAGUCACUGUCAGAAAUGGGCAAAUAUUGUGAGCGAUCCGAUACAUACGAUCGAAACCAGGUUAGCGAACGAUCACCAAUACCUGAGUUUUUGAGUUUGUGCAGUAGAAUGUCAUGGUCUACUGUGUCAAAGGCCUUAGCAAAAUCAAGGAAAAUAGCUCCAGUUAGGGCUCCUUGUUCCAUGCCAGUUUGGAUGUCAUUGCAAACUUUUAAGAGGGCAGUUGUAGUGGAGUGAUUCUGGCAAAAGCCCGAUUGGUCAGGGGUCUGAUAGUUAAAUUGUUUGUAGUACUCACAAAGUUGCGUAUGGACACAUUUUUCUAAGAUUUUUGACAAUACUGGGAGCAAUGAUAUUGGGCGAUAGUUAGAAACCAAAGUAGUGUCACCACUUUUAUGGAUAGGCACUACUCUCGCAGUCUUCCAAAGUUUGGGUAUGUAUCCAAACACCAAGGAUUUGUUAAUUAGAGUGUUUUUAAAGCACAAACCUACUUUGCAUCAUAACAUUUUGAAUCAAACAAACUUGUUGACAUCAUACGUUCAGAUGCAUUAGAAUAAGAAAGCAGGAACCUGUACUAAUAAUCUUAAAAUAUAAAGGCUAUGGCAUAAAAUAAUUAUUAGUUAGGGAAGAAAGGUCGUAAAAAUACUCAACUGUACACUUUACCCUUUGAUUCUUAACGGGGCAUUCUGGCACCAUAACUACUUUAGCCUGCUGUAGUGCCCAUGGUGCCAGGAGUGUGCUGGUACAGCCCCAGAUAAAAUAGCCAAACCCUUUUUCAACAGUUUGACACCUACCUGGGUCGCCCGGACUCCUAUGUGUCCUUCAUUGUGAUAUAGCUAAAGCAACAGUUCCCCUACUUACUGCUUACUAUACAAUAACUACAGGUGGCACUCCUGGCUCCACUAAUGUGGACUGUAGUGACAAUGGUGCCUUGUUUGCCCCUCUAACAGAUGUGUUGAUCAGUAAGCAUGUGAGUUACAGGGCUGAAAAGAUAGAAAGCAUUAACGUAUACAUAAUUAGAUUAUAGGGUAAAUGGUUUCUUAAUUGUUUACACCACUUUAUUAUCUCUUGCAGUUAAUGGAAAGGCCACAUUUUCUAUCGAGGGUUGUUGUCCUGCCCUAUUUUCUUUCACCCUCAAUAAGACAGAGAAGCCAGGGCUGAUGACUCUGACAAAGAAUGGGAUGCAGCUGGACAUCUAUCCUCAGGAAACUGGACGUCACAGGCUUGAGCUGUACACAAAAUCUUACAAUAGUACAAAAGAAAGCUAUGAGAGUGUUGUAGAAUACAUUAUCCACUGUGGAUCUGUUGAUCCAAUAUUCAGAAUUCCCAAAGAGCUUGAUGUUCUAGUUGGGCCCAGCUGGCUGACUGAAAAGAAGGGAUUCUUACAGCCCUUGUGUCGGGACUCAAUAAUCAACACUCAAGAUGGACGCUGUACAGUUGGCUUCACUUUGACAAAGCGGAACACAGUCUUAGCAACAUUACAUUCUGAGCAUAUUACACCAGGAGAUGAAAGAAGACACGUGUUGCAAACUUUACGUGGAAACCGAGUUGAGUUCAAGGUCCAUCUUCCUCAACAAGGUUAUUAUGCCUUAAAAAUACAUAGUUCUACAGGACCAGGAAAAUAUGAAUGUUUCUGCAAUUACCUGGUUGUCUGUAGAAACCCAGAGGUAGUAUGGCCAUCCUUCCCAAAAACACUUGAAAAUCCAGUUGGGCCAAGUUCAUUAAUGGAGAAGAAGGGACUUUUACAGCCAUCACAUCGUGAACCGAUUAUUUACACCUCAAAUGGCUUUUGUUCCUUGUCCUUUAUGUUGAAGGAAGAUGUUACAAUUAUCACAGCCCUUCUGUGUGAUGAGGCUUCUUUGAAUGACCAUGGAGAGAAAAGAUUUGUCACACAAGCUCAAAGGGGCAACCACAUUGAGCUCCAGAUAAGGCUCCCACAGGCAGGGUCCUAUGUUCUACAGAUUUUUGCCAACAUCAAAACAUCUCCCACCAGUUUUGAAUAUGUGUGUAAUUACCUGAUUUGUUGUUCUAGUAUAAGCACUACACAUUUAGAGGCACCUGCUACUCAACAGAUUCCUGUGGGUUCUGGCAAUAUGGUGGAUAAGAAAGGUUUCCUUAAACCCUCACAACUAGGACAGGUUAUUGAUAGUCCAGAUGGGCAUUGCACAUUAAACUUCUCCCUAGACAGAGAGAUGAAUUGCUUGGCCACAUUACACAGUGACGAUAAGAAAUGGAACACACAAAUGGAAAGAAGAUAUAUCAUACAUAUCCAGAAACAGCGUCAAGUGGAGUUUUUCAUCCAACUUCCUAGACCUGGAUCUUAUGACCUUAGGAUUUAUGCAGAUAGCAGAUUACAGCCUGGAAAUUAUGAGUUUGUAUGUAGUUACCGUAUCGUAUGCACAAACCCAGAAGUAUUGUGGCCUGCCUUCCCAAACAAACUUCAGAAUCCAGUUGGGCCUACAGCUUUGUCAGAAAAAAAUGGCCUCCUGAACCCAUCCAACAAUGAUCCCAUCAUCAACUCUGUUGAUGGACAGUGUUCUGUUUCUUUCACACUCAGGCGAGAAAUGGGUAUUUUUGCCAGACUUCAGUCAGAUGAUGUGCUUUUAACAGAAGAAGCAGAGAGGCGACAUGUUCUUCAAGUCCAGAAACAGAAUAGAGUAGAGUUUCAGGUACAGCUUCCACAAGCUGGGACAUACAUUCUGAAAAUAUACACAGAAUCAGAACAGGGUAGCUUCAGAUUUGCAUGCAACUAUCUGAUUUCCUGUGUAAAUACACAAGUCAAGUGGCCUUUGCUGCCAGUGGAUCUAUGCAACCCUGUUGGGCCCAAUUCUCUAUCUGAGAAAAAAGGCUUGACACGACCAUCCCAUCUUGAGCCAGUAAUUUGUACAGCUGAUGGCCGGUGUUGUGUCAGUUUUGCCCUGGAUCAAACAAUUGAUAUUGUGGCUACACUCCAUUCUGAUGAUAUCACCUCAGACGAAGCCAGGAGAAGGCACAUAUUUCAAGUUGAGAAGGAUGGACGUGUAGAGUUCCAUAUCCAGCUUCCCAACGUAGGCACCUAUGUACUGAAAGUAUGCAGCAAGAAAAAGUCUGACUUGAGCAAUGUUUAUGACUAUGUCUGCAAUUACCUCUUAAGCUGCUCAAAUACAAAAAUGAGAUGGCCUUUCUUCCCAUUGAGAUAUAGCUCUUGGGACCCCAGUUAUGAACUACUGGAACCAUUGACCGGAAUUCUGCCAGCCAACAGUGAUGUCCGAUUCAGAAUCAAGGCCCGAGGCCUGGCAGCUGUGUCUGUGAAAGCCAAGAUCUUAUACCCCCUUUCCUUAGGUUCAGAUGGAUGCUGGGAGGGAAUCUGCACAACAGCAGGUUGUAAGGAAAUUCAAGUGUUGGUAACAAAUAAUUUAAACAAGGGCUAUGCGUUGGUCCUCAGCUAUCAAGUAAAAGUUGGUGUACAUCAGUGACAAAUGAGAAGUUCACAUUCCUCUUAAUUUUCAAGUCAGUCACUCACAUGCAGCAGCAGGUCCGAACAAAUACAAAUCAUCUUGGCAAGCACAGGUCCACCAUCAGAGCUUUGAAAACAGGUAUUGGAUAUAGGUAGAUUGGCAUGUACUUUGAUGUCCUCCUUAUCAAUGGCUUCAACUCACAAUGAUCUGUAUGCCAUUGAACGUGAAAUACGUAUCUUUAUAUUACAAAACAAACUUUUUUACUUUGUAGAAUAUCAUAAUGGAACUUUUCAGACUCAGAGACUGUAAUGGAGAAUUCUCCAGGUGCUUGUAAUUAGGAAAUUGGUACUUGAUUGAAGUAUCUUGUUUCUAUGUAGACAAUUUGUAUUACAAGGGCUUUAGAACUGUACAGAGCGCAUGACGUGAGGCAUUUCUGUUACUAAUGAACCUUACUAGUAGAAAAAUCUAUAUGUAUGUAUCAUAUUCUCUGUCACUACAAUACAUGAAUGUAGAUGUUUAAAAGACAAACUGUAAAUGGAUAUAUGUUUCACUGUUGUACAUAUUGGCGAGCCAGUUCUUUGUUUGGUCAAAUAUAUUGUUUAUAAAACACACUACCAAGUAUAGUAUGCCAGUAUAUACUACCAACGGCUUGUGAAACAAACUUAAUUUAUGGCUUUCCAUAUGGAGAUUUAAAACACACACUCACACACACUUGAUUUUUUAUUAAGUAAUUAAAAAAAAAAAAGUAAUAAUCCAGCUGUAUCUUGAAUUACUGAUCGCUCUGAAGGUUUGGGUAACAACUGUAAUACAGCAUUUAGGCAUAAUGAAAUCUAGAUUAUAAUAAUAAUAAUAAUAAUAAUAAUAAAAUGCUUGUAAAAUGAAUAACGCAUGCAAUUUAAACAUUUGAAGUUUAUUUCUGAUGCACCCUUCCUGCACUGUGAUGUUAUAAGGUUGUGCCUAUGGCUUAGUGGGAUAACAAGAAAUGUAAUGUUUUAUGCCAUGAAAUGACUACUGCCACAAUAAGGAAAAAACGAUUAUUUUAUGUGUAAAUGAAAUAUAUAUCAUAAAUUACUAUUUUGUAAGAUGCAACUUAGAAAAGAUAGGAAAAAGAUUUAUACAUAAUUCCCUAAAAUAUUUUUUGAAAAAUAAAACUCCAACAUACUUUGUUCCUGAGUUGUUAUAUAAAUAACUCUGAGUGCCACAGCAGUGCCUUUGUUAAGAUUCAAGAUGGAUCCCUCAAUAGCUUGGGAGCCUUUAAAGUAACACUUCAAGAAAAUGAAUGGUUUGUGUUUUAUUUUUUUACGGAAGUUUAGCUCACUAGUCAUCCUCUCACUUUGGUAUUGAAAGGAUUAAAAUUUAGGUAAACGGACCUUUAUUUCAGAGCCGAGUUUCCUUGUUGUAGCUACGAUGCACCUGUUGUGAAGUCAUCAUUACUGGUGGCUUGUACCCAAUCAGAUGCUUCUCAUAAGGAAGCAUUUGUACAUAUGGCGCUUGCGCAGCAAUUGCAUCAAUCCGCCAACAAUGCUUUUCUAUGAGAAUCACUCACUUCCAUUUUGAACUAUAGUCCAAAGCAUAUAAGACAUGAAACAUUUCCUGCUGUUUGCUCAACAGCUUAGAUGGUUUACUGGGGUGGAGUUGAUAAAAGUGAGGAUUUCUAUUGAAACAAAAUGAUAGGAUACGCAGCUUAAAUGUCCCUCUACAACACAUAUUAUAUAAUGAACGGAAUAAAAAAAAAAAAAAAAAAAGCUAAAUAUUUCAUGUAGAUUUAAACUUAUAAGUAAGCCAUAAUGGUCUGUCUGCAUUAUAUUUGCAUGUCUGAUGUCAAGUGAGAAAAGAAUGGAAUGCCAUAGUGUAACAGGCCAUCUUAAAGUGGCUCUGUCACUCUGUACACACCUGCUUUUGUUUUUUGAGCAUUUCAUAAAGAUAAAGUAGGAACUAAUAGUAAAUCCUCUGCUUGACAAAACCUAAAAGGAGCAGCUACCUCUGACAAGUUUUGUCACUUCCCCCAGCCGUCACUAGCAAUGGUUGUGGGAAUAGGGCUUUAUUUCACUCAUCUCAACAUAAUAUUUAUGGAGGCACUCACAGGAUCCUCCAUAGACAUUAGUGUUGUUUUUGUGCAUGCGCAAGAGUACAGCACUGACAUAUGGCUCCUGGCAUAUGAAGGAGCAGAGGACUUAAGAUAGGGACACUUGCAGAAAACAGCAUCAGGUAAGUAUAACUCACCUACACUGUGCCCCUGGACCAUGGCACACCAAUCAGCAAUGUCACCAUAGAUGGUCUUUGCAAAAUAUGCAAAUAUCCCAGAAUGUGACAGAGCGGUUUUAAAAACUGUAUGUACUUUUGAGCAUUGCUUGCUUUUUCUUUUGUUCCAGUGUAUCUAAAUGUGUGAUGGCACUUCGUGUGUGUGUGUGUGCGCGUGUUGCUUCUGGCCAUUGUAGAGCGUUAUAUUUUGGUGCUUUACAAAUAAAAUGUGAAACUUUGAAACCCAUUUUUUGGUUGAGAAGAAAGUAUAAAAUCUACCAGUGUUAUUCUCCGUACAACAGCCUUAUAGAUAUGUAAGAGUAUAAGUGCAAAAAAUAAGCUAAUAUAAUUUAGCAGACCUGUGUCUUUUAAUUUUUUAUAACUUUCAAGAUUUCAAAGCAGUUGGCUUUGUGACAUGGUAAUAAAAGGAUGCCAGUUUGGAAGUAAGCCUCCUGCUUAACAAGGGUAAAGUUAAGUAGCAGCUGCUGUUGGAACACAACUCACAAUCUUCUUAUUCUAGUAUUACAAUUUAUAAGGUCCGUAUCAUUUCUUUCCUCUCCUUCAAACUAUGAACUCAACUUUUUUGUUUUCCGUACAGCGUUUAAAAAUGUUUGUUUCUGCGUUUAUUGCUAAUGGCAUAUGUGUUUGCUUUGGUCUUUAUAAUAAUAAAAUUACAUUUUCUGGUU